AUAUUGCUUUAAGAUAAUAAGCUUGAAGGUUAUUUCUCAACAGUUGUAUUAAUGUAUCGGUCUGUAAGUACUUUUAGUGGUAUUAAGUUAAUUUAAAGGACUGAAAUACACAUUAAAGGUGUUUUUUUAAAAGCAUUUUUUGUUUUCUCAGUGCUUUUUUAGACAGAAAAAACUACUUCAGUGCUCUUUUUUGAUAAAUAUGCUUCUUAAACAUCGCUAAAACUCAGGUUUUAGAGGUAUAAAGUUAAUUUAAGGAACUUAAAUACAAAUUUAAGAUGUGUUUUUAAGUAUUUCUGUCUUCUUGAUGCUCUUUUAGACAGUAAAAAAGUCCUUCUUUGAUAAAUAUGCUCGUCAAACAUCGCUUAAACCCAGGUUUCCUCUGACAAAACGACAUAUUUGUGUUUAGAAGAGUGUUAAAGGUGUAACUAAAGUAACGCGUUCCUCUGUUUUUACUCUAAUUCCUCUCUAAAGUCUCUCAGCAGUCAAACACUCAGAGGUUUGGAUCAACCUAAGCCUCUACACUGACAGCCAACCCAGCCAAUCCGCUUCGAGGGGGGCGGGACCUGUAAUCCCAGCGCGUCCAAUCAGAUUCCUCAGUCGGGUAUCGAUUCAAUUUGUCUGAAGCAAAGUUUUUGCGUCUGUCGCUCCUCGACACUGACUGGACCUGCCUACUACCGACGCUGCUGCCGAGAGAGAGAGCUCCUGCCGGGCUAAAAGAGAAGUCGAGCAGAUAGAGAGAGAGAAGAGGCAGAGUUGGAGGGGAAAAGAGAGAGAGAGAGAGAAAGAGUGAGAGAGAGAAGAGAGAGAGGGAAGCCGGGGGUGGACCGUUAAUUUCAUCCACACACACCGUCUUGAAUGCGUGGCGGAGAGCAGACAUCAGCUCGCCGAGGACCCGGGGGACAUACGAGAGCGUUUCAGUAGGAUAUCUUCACACAGAGCUGUAGACAAACACGUCUAAUAUGGAUCAGUACGACGGAGAGAUUGACUACAUGCAGCAGGAAGAUGACUGGGACCGGGAUCUGCUCCUGGAUCCCGCCUGGGAGAAGCAGCAGAGAAAGGUGAGUCUGACUUCCUUCUACCUUCCGCUGCUGGAAAGGUGCGGAAGUGAAGCGGCGGCGGCGUAACUAACCGACUAAUAUGAUUAAAGCCACACUCGGUGGGGAUGGUUAAGUACUUUGAGAGCAGAUUGAUCAGCGACACCAACCAAACACCGAGUCGGACCCGUGUCAGCAGCAGCAGCUUUAAUCCCAUUAUCGUUCAGUUGGAAUCACCUGCGCGACUUUAUCAUCCAACUCGUCUCCAUGUCGCGCAAUAACACACUGACACACAUCCUGUUAUGAAAUAUCCUGCAGCAGGAGGCCUAACGAUUAUCUUUGCAGCAGGAGGAGGAGGAGGAGGGGGGGGAGGAUAGAGAGGAAUGGGUGAGGAGGAGGUGGGGAGGAGGUGGAGAGGGGGUUAUAGGAAACAAUUAAAAAACUGCACAGGGCGCCCACCUUUGCGGCGCAACAGAUGUCAGCCAUGCGCUUGGCUGCGUCUGCUGAGAGCUGGCCCCUCCUGUCAUAGGGGUUAUGAUGCGACGUGGAUUAUGAGAUGGAGUGUGUGUGUGUGUGUGUGUGUGUGUGUGUGUGUGUGUGUGUGUGUGUUUUGGAGCUUUUAACUUAUUUAACUUAUUUUACGCACCAUAUUUACGCAUUCCAGCUCUGUUUCCCUGCUCCGUGGGCGUCUCCGCGCUCAUUUAAUCAGUUUUAAAGUGAGUUAAAAGUCUCUAAUGUGGGUCACCUCUCUGGAUAGAAGCCGUGAGACAUCCAUUUAUUGUCCUUAACACGCGCAAAUCAUCCCCACGCGUCCUGCAGCAGCUCCUCCUCCUCUCAGUUUGCUGCUCCCCACUCUUUGAAAAACGGGGAAGAAGAAAAGCGCUGUGGAAUCUGAGUAAGCGCUGCGGUUUGGGCUGGGCUUGCAAUGGGAGCAAGCGUGCCCAAAAAUGGUAAUAAUCGGCCCCUCUCGCUGCCGCUGGAAAAACUUUUUCCCCGAGUUACUUUCUUGCACUGCGAAGGCUUCUGGUUUCCUGGAUUAUGUCAUCGGCAGCAGGCUGCUACCGGCCGAAAUGAAGGGAAAUGAAGGAGGAGUGGUGUGCAGGGCUGAGAUAUCAGGUGUGAACAGCAGGCUGACCUUCUUUAGGCAUCACAGGACUUUGUCUCAGUGUGAAAAGUGAACUAAUGUGCAGCUGGCUGAGGCCCAAAGGAAGCAGAAACACUAUCAGGGCUGCAGCUAAUAACUGUUUUCACUGUCUAUAACUUUGAGAGUCAGGAACAAGCAGGUCAGAGGCCCGGCUCAUGUCCUCAGAUGACUUUUUCUGAACAUAUCUACAGACUAUCAUGUUUUUAUUCUGAAGGGAUGAGUAGGGUUGGGUAUCAUUCGAUUCUGAACGAUUCCGGUUUCGAUUCCGGUUCCUCGUUCCGAUUCUGGAGUUCUUCUUUUUGGAUGAAAUUUCUGAACUUCUCGAUGAAUUUUUAAAUUAUAGUAACUUUUUUAGGGCCGAAACGAUUCCUCAAAUACCUCGAGAACCUCGAUUGCAAACAAUGAUCAGGUCUGGUCGUUUGUCUGUGAAAAAGUACGAGGGCUAACGUUAGUUGGAUAUUUAAAUUGACCCACCGUACAGAGCACAAUUUGUUAGCCGCUUCAAUGUUAGUCGAAGACAGAAAUAAUUUGUUGUUUCACUUCAUCUGAUUCUGGCUGGUUAGCGGAAGAGCGGCGAAGCGUGUCAAAGACGAGCACUCGGGUAUUUCUGAGUGCUAAUGUUCCCCUGAGACAAGAGUUCUUUCUUCCUGCUGAAGUUAGACAAACUUUAGACCAUCGCCGCUGUGGGUUGCAAUGCACUCUCUCUCUUGUCGUAUACGCGUCGUCCUCGUUGGUGCUCGGCAGCUUCUUCUUCAUCCUCGUUUGUGUUCGGCGGCGUCUUCCUCGUUGGUGUUCCAUCAGUCGGCGGACUCCGACAUCGAAACUCAUUUUAAAAUGUGAAUGGUUCCAGGAGAAUCGGAAUGUUAGUCCCCAUCGAUACUCAAGAUUCGAUGCCCAACCCUUGGUUUGUGGUCUGAUUCGGCUUAUCAGAGAAGUCAAGGAACAAAAUCUGUCUUUUCCUCAAAAAUUGGCAAAAUUCUGAAAAUUUUUGUGAUUCAUGUAAAGAUAAAAAUAAAAGAGUGAGUGUUGGAUCACGGCAGCGAUAAACACCAGGGUGUUGAACCCCUCCCCUCCCCUCUCUUGGAUCAAACAGAGUCCAUCGUCUGAAAACCGUUUCUUCUGAUGAUCUGUAAAUUUCUGAGACUGAAGCCGUCGUCUUGCAGAGAGAGUCAUGUUUUAUUCAUCGUCAGGCUCAUGAGAGGGUCGUGUUGAGAUGUGAUCAGACGCUCACAAUCACAGGCAGAAGAGGGAGACUUUAGAGAAGGGUCACACAGGGCGAGUGUAAUUUACCGUCACGCAUGUUCAUACAUAUGCAUGUGUGCAGCGGUCAGGUCGGCUGCUGGUGAAGAGAUGAUCUACUGGAGGAAAACUCUCAUGUUUGUCUCCCUGUGAGGAGGAAACAGACGGUGAAACAGCAGAAAACUUCUCAUGUUUUUAAACCAACCUGCAGCCAACAGAGGUCAAAGGUCACAAUCAGUUUGAUACCUGACCAUAUGACAUGAUACGGCACAUUGUUGUUUAGUGGGGUACAAAACAAGAUGGUAGGAUAGGAGAUGAGAGGAUAGGAUGAGAUACGACACAGUAGAGUCGGAAAAGAGAUACAAUAUGAUACAGUAUGAUGAGCUUUGAUAUAGUAUGGUAAGAUAUGAUGUGAUGUGAGUCAGUGGAAUAUGAUAUGAUAGAAUAUGAUACCACAUGAUACAGUAUGAUAUGAUAUGAUAAGAUUUGAUACGAGUCAGUGGGAUAUGACAUAAUAUGAUAUGAUGUGAUACAGUAGGAUACAACAGAAACAGUAGCUUAUCAUAUUGUAUCCUACUGUAUCAUAUUAUUUCAUAUAACAUAUCAUAUCAUAUAAUGUCAUCCCACUGUCCCGUAUCAUAUCCUGGCUUAUCAUAUCAUAUCAUAACUGUAUACUCAUAUCAUAUCGUAUCAUACUGAGUAUGAUACGAUAUGAUAUGAGUAUACAGUUGGAUUCAAUACGAUACUGUAUGAUAAGCUAUAAUACAGUUACUGUCUCAGCUUAUCAUACUGUAUCAUAUACCAUAUCAUAUUUUGUCAUAUCAUGUCAUAUCUCACUGUCUCGUAGCAUGUCCUAGCUUAUCAUAUCAUAUUGUAUCAUACUAAGUAUAAUACAAUAUGAUAUGAUAUGAGGAUACAGUUGGAUACAAUAUGGUACAGUAUGAUAAGCUAUGUGCCAGUUACUGUAUUAGCUUAUCAUAUUGUAUCCUAUCAUAUCAUAUCAAGUCAUAUCAUGUCAUAUUCCACUGUCUUGUAUCAUAUCCUAGCUUAUCAUGUUAUAUGAUAUUAUACUGAGUAUGAUACGGUAUGAUAUGAUAUGAUACAAUAUAAUACCAUAUGAUACGCUACGGUAGGAUAGAAUAUGAUACAGUACAGUAUGAUACAAUAUAUGAUACAAUAUGAUACAAUACCGUAUAAUACUAUAUGAUAAGAUAGGGUAUAAUAAUACAAUACAGUAAAAUACACUAUAGUACUAUAAGAUACAAUAUGAUAGAGAUACUUUAAGGUGAAAUGUGAUAGAGUAUGAUACAGUAGGAUAUGUGAUGGUACAAUACAACACAAUACUGUAUGAUACUGUACAUUAUGAUGCAGUAAGAUACACUGUGACACAAUUAACCAUUUUGGUUUAUGAAUACAUGAGUGGUGCUUUACUCUCAUUGUAGGAAAACUGAAAAAAUUCUAUAGCUAAAUAAGUAUUUAAUCUGAGCCGGACCUCCUGGUGAAAUUAAAAUCAAGAUAAAUGUCCAUAUAGUCUUACUUCACCUAAAUGAAGGUUUGUGAUUUUUCUUGUUAGAUAUAAAAACCCUGACAUGUUUGACGCCUCUCCUGUGUUUGUCUGUGGAGCUCUGUGGUUGUUGACCAGAUAAACCAGUCAGAGGGAGAAAAGUCCAACAAACGAAUCCUGAGUCAGUCAGGUCAGAGCCGCAGACUCCGCUGUCUUCUGGAGCUGUGAGGAGAAUUUUAACCUCCAGAUUUGAAGUCCAGGGAGCGUUUCUCUCAGCUGGAGUUCAACUCUCUGUUUUCUUCCUCCUCUUCAAACUGUUCUGAAGUAAAGACAGUCAGACAAAAACCUCCUCCAAAUUGGCAGGUGGGUUUCAGAUCCCAUCCCCGGUUCAGCCUCAGAGUGGUUUUGAUUGGCUGUGAGACGGCGGGAUCGUUUACCUGGAAUUAUAAUGGCUCUGUGUGGUGGCGUGUCGUCGUGCUGCUUCACUUCUGUGUAGCCUGAGGUCGCUCAGCGUUCGUGAUAAUUACACUGCAGACGUUUACCUCUGCAGUCUUCCUGUUAGAAAGAAAUCUGCUCAGGUAGAGCGUCGCUCAGGUACGAGGAUUUUGUAAUCCACGUCGAGCAUGUCUGAAAGUGCUUUGAAUAUUUGCGCCCGGUGCAAGUCCUAACCCGACCCCGGCUUGGUAUUCCCUUAUCUCUGAGUCCUAAUGUGUUUGCAGACCAGGUGUGUCAGGCACCUGGAGCCAGAUGUUAGUGGAACAACAGCCAGGUGGGCUUUCUGUGUGUGUUUGUCUGAAACUCAAACAAACAAACAAACAAACAGACAGAGCGCAGGUCUGUUUCACCGCUGGAGGAGCGAGGAGCGAGGAGCGAGGGGAGGGAGGGUGGGGUUCAGGUGUGAUCUGCUGCAGGUAAUCUGCACAGGCAUGUCCUUAUAAGGGAAUGAGCUGCAGUACCUCCAAACAGCACCCCCCCCUCCACACCUCGAACCCUCCCAGCCCACACCCACAUUCCCGCUCAGACUGAGCCUGCCAGGUCACAGAUAAGAUCCACUCACUCCCACAGUAACCUGAUCCUAUCUCAGCUGUGAGGUCAGAGUGAGCGGGUCUGUUGGGGUCCAGACCUGCAGGUGUGCAGAAUCUAGGUACGAAAUAUCUGUACGAUCUUUAUUUUAGGAGGAGGUUCGAUUCAAGCUGAAGAGAAAACAUAUUUGACGUUUUCAUCGUGUUUGUUUAUUUAGUCUGUCUGAGCCGAACGAUCACACCAAAAACCAUCUUCACCCUCCUCCUCCUCCUCCUCCUCCUCCUCCUCCUCCUCCUUCUCCUCCUCGUGUCCGUCAGCGGCGUGUUACUCUGACUCAGGACUCGGCGGUCUGUCUCUGCAGCGACUCGUCUUUUUUAUGUCACAGGUGCUGAUGAAGCGACCUUUUAACGUGUCAAUCAUCAGACGUGUCAUCCUCUCCUCCCCUCAGCGAGGGCGUGUGAGCGACCGCGCCUAGGUCGACAGGAAGUGAUGAUUACAUUUCCAGAAUAAAAGAGCGGCCUGUUGUUGUGUGUCACAGUGAUUUUGAAACAGCAGCGUGACUCUGUGUGUGUGUGUGUGUGUGUGUGAGUGUGUGUGAGUGUGUGUGUGUGUGUGUGUGUGUGUGUAUAGAUUCAGGAAGCUGACUCAAUAUGAUGGACAUGUUUGAGUAAGAGAAAAAUGAUGUGUGUGUAUUAGUGUGUGUGUGUGUGUGUGUGUGUGUGUAUGUGUGUGUUUGUGUGUGUGUGUGUGUGUGUGUGUGUGUAUAGAUUCAGGAAGCUGACUCAAUAUGAUGGACAUGUUUGAGUAAGAGAAAAAUGAUGUGUGUGUUUUAGUGUGUGUGUGUGUGUUUUAGUGUGUGUGUGUGUGUGUGUGUAGUAUUGUUUCAGAGAUGUGUAACGUCAGCUCUGAACGCCGCCUGUCAUCAGAUUCCUCAGCUCCCAUCAUGCACCUGGUUCAGGCUGCAGAACAAUGUCCACAAACAAAAGAAGAAGAAGAAGAGUCAGAGAGCGAGGGAUGACUUUCUUUCUCUCCUUUUCACUUCCUCUCCUUUAAUUCUUCUUUUUCUCUCCUUUUCUCCCUCCUCCUUUAAUUUCUUUCUCACCUGUUCUUUCAUUUCUGUCCUCAUCCCUCUUCUUCGAUUUCUCUCCUCUUUUGUUCCUUCAUCCCUUUUUCUCUUUUCCACUCUCAUUAAUUUCUUCGCCUCUACACCUCACUUCUCUAUCUCUUCCUACUUUGUCUCCCUCUUUCUCUCCAUCUUUUCCCCUCUUUCCCUUUUUUGUUUCUUCUCAUCUCUGUCUCUCCCUUUCUUUCUCUUCCUCUCAUUGUCCGCCUCUCUUCUUUUCUUCCUCUCUUUAUCUGUCACAUCCUCACCUUUCCCCCUCAUCCUCCUGUUUCUUUCCUUCUGUUUCCUCUCCUCCCUCCUCUUUCCUUCCUCUUUACCUAUCCUUGUCUUUUUCUCCUCCUAUUUCCUCUUCAUCGCUCACUUUUUCCUCUUAAAUCUUUAUCUUCUCUCCCUCUUCCCUUUCUCCCUCCCUUUCUUCGAUGUCCUUCUUUCUAAAGAUUUUUGACUAAAUUUAAUCUCAGUGAGGGAAAAUAUUUCCUGCAUGUUUAUGACGACAUGUGAGUUCAAUCAGAGACUGAGCGUCAGGACCUGCAGGACUGAAAACAUCACAUGAUGCAGAGUUUGUCCCUGAAGAGACAGAGACCAGGUCCUGGUCCGAUCAGGUUUUUGUGAAACACAGACGCAGCAGAUCAAAAAAUAUUUCAGAGAGAGAGAGAGAGAGGGAAAGAGAGAGAGAGAGAGAGAGAGAGAGGGAGGGAGAGAGAGAGAGAGAGAGAGAGAGAGAGAGAGAAAAAGGACAAAAACUUUAUAACUUUAAGAAUUUAUUUAAAGCUCCUGUGAGGAACUUUCUGUUUGUGUCAGUUUUGGCGCCCCCUCUGGACAAAGAAGUCUCUGAUUAGCUCAUCAACUCUCAUCCUGCUGACUUUUGACAAUUGAAUGUAGGGCUGGGCGAUAUAGCCUCAAAUCAAUAUCAGAUACAUUGAGCAUCACCUCGAUGAUAAAUGGACGAUAACGACUCCACAAGCUGCACGAUAUUGAAAAAAACUAACAUUGCAAUUUUUUUCAACCCGCAAAUAUCUGUCUCAGAGAUAUUUUUAGCUUUUAUUGUUCUGGGACGUUAUUGUGGAAACAGAUGAACACAGAACACGUUUUAGUCGACAUCAUCCUUGUAACCGAAAUAAUUCCAGAUAACUGACGUUCUUUUCAUUUUUGGCAACAAGUCUUCAUUUUCGGUGGUUUUCCCUUGUCCGUUGUUCAUUUUGAUAUCGUUGUCGUUGUUACCGGUGUUGUGCCGAGGAUUGCAUGUGCCUCGCAAAAAGCGCACCGCUUAUAGUCGAGUGGUCCACGGAAAUGUACGAUUUAAAACCCAAACAGUUCUUAUUUUUGGGGCUAAACAGGGAUGAGGAAUGUUCGGAAAGUAAUUCUUGGCGGGUAUGCGUCUGUCGGCUCAACACCAGCAGCGCCAGUGACUCACUCCAUGUGCAGGGGCGUGGUUUCCUCCCCUCUGAUUUUGAUUGACAGCUGGCAGGGUAGUCUGAUAUCUCAGUCAGCUCCCCUUAAAAUUAGUUGAGUUCAUUCACCUCCGACAUCGCAGGCUCUGCAAUGUGACCACAAAGCAUACGUACAUCACGGUGACGAUACUCAAACGAUAUAUCGUGGAGCCCUAGACCUUCACACAUCCAAAACCAAUUUUCAUUAAUUAAUUUUUUUUACACCUAAUAUACCGAUAAGGGCAAAAUAACGUCGCUUAUUGUCAUAAAUGUAGGUAUUGGUAAAUUUUUUGGUUUUGGUUGCUUUUGGAUAUGAUGAAAAAGCUCCACCAUGAAUAUUUCAUAAACUAAAAUACUUCUAGUUUUAGUAAUCUUGAUGUGAUAUGAAGAAAUCAGCCUGUUGUACGUCAGUCAUGAUUUCCUUCAGGAGGGAAAAUCACCGCUCUGUACGAGAGAGGAAUCAAACCGACUGUCUGACUCCCAGGAGAACGGUUCCUGUAAAGAAAGGUGGAGAAGUGAAGCUGCUCUUUAUCUGCGUCUGACUCAAACUGACUUCAGGGAAACUCACUCCUGUACCUUCUGUCUGUUCCUGGGCGUGAGACGUCCCAGCAGCCGUUUAACAGCGACUUAGUCAUCCGUCAGAGCGGCGGAGGAUUUCUGAGAAACACGAAAAGCCUCAAAGAAAAAAAAAAUCACAACAGAAGCUUUAAGUUCUCCUCUCAUGGUUAACACAGCCGGGCGAUAAAUCCCAACAAGAGCUUCCCAGACGAACCUAUCAUCUAACCCCGGUCACGCUGUCGGAGCGCGGUCCGGUUUACUCUGAUUGAUGAGGUCACAGGCCGACAUGGAGGCUCAGAGGGCGAGGAGCAUCCAGGCGUGCGCUCGGCCCCUCGCAGGAAGUUUUAUGAGGGCGCUCCCAGAUCAGACGGAGAAAUCAAACUCUGAAUCAAACUUAAUAAUUCAACAUUAUAACCCCGUCAAAAACAAACCCAUGUGGACACUCGAGGAACUGCAGUUAUCUUUGAUUUUCUGCUUUAACUUUAAUAUUUAUCUCCAGUUCUAUAUCAAACUUCUGCUCCUCUCGUGUUUCUCCUCCGCCUGUCUGUAAGCCGACCCUCUGCGAACACGGUCACGGUUUGAUCCGGCACGCUCCAUAAUUAACCGAAACAUCUCGUUAUCUGCAGCUAACGAGAAGCUUUCAGUCAGGAGGACACUGUCUGCUCCGUGAAACCUGGAGCUCCGGGUUUGAUGUGUGGCGUGUCAGGAGACACUGACCUGUGUCCAAUGGCUGUUACAUAACCCGACUCCUCUGCUCAGAGAGGGGGGAUUGUUCGCCGCUGCCGUGAACUCUGGAUCUACCCCACAGAGCUGCUGCUCGUAUGGAUUCAAAGUCCUGUUUACGACCGCGACGCCAUGACGGUUCAGAGGUAGAGCGAACGAAUGAAAACGUGUCAGAAUGGGCCUCAGGCAGCACGGCAUUAAAAACAGACUGGGCCUAAAACCACCAAUAAUAUGUAGUUAAAUCAGUCUGUUAAAGGUGGGGUAGUCAGGAUCUGAGGAAGUUCCAGAUUUUGAGAGAAAUCUUGAAUGUAAACUCUACCUCUGCUCCAUCAAGCUCCGCCCACAAACAGACGCUCCUGCUCGCUCGUAUCGUUCCAGUUAAAUUCAGAUAUAAUGCAGAUAAAUACUUCAGAUCAUUACAAAUGGGGCCCAGUCAAGGUGAAAGUCAAAAGCAUUGGUGCUACUGUAGAUGCCAACAGACUACCAGCAAACACAAUGUUUGCAGGACUUCUACAACGAGGAUAAAGUGACAUAGUCCAGGACCCGAGGGAGGACAGUUUAGCGAUGGCGCUACAACACGCUACAGCAGGUCCGUUUGACAAGAAACACUUCUGUUACAGACACUUGUCUUACUUUGUUAAAGCGGUUUACCUGUCCAGCAGAAAGGUUACAGGGUCACCAAGAUCCCCAAGCGUCCCCCAUGGUUUAUGUUGACCCGGCUUUUUAGCUCUUGUCCGGUCUACCUCCGUUUUAAGCGCCCGUUAUUCCUCCAGAGUCUCCGGUAUUUACUUUGUUUUCUUGCUUGUGUCGGCAGUCGUGGCCAAAGGAGGAUUCAGACAAUUUUCCGAACUUUCUGGUUGGUUUCUGCUGUCCGAUAUUGUAGCACGCUAACUUUGUUUGGGCUUGUGAACGUUAUUCGAGGACGUGGAGCAUGCCUCACAACAUGAGGGAGCAGCGUCCACCUCAUAACCAAUCAGGUUGGGUGAGGUGGAGAAUGUCUUUGUUUACAGUCAGAGAGAGCGGGCCUAGAGCUGCAGCUAUCAAGCAUUUUAGUAAUCGAGUGUUUUACCGAAUCAUUUAUCGAUUACUCAAGUAAUUGGACCCAAACAGCAGACUCACAUAAAGUUAGAUUUCCUCAGAGAAAUAGAGGACAAUCGUAGAACAAGCAUGUGCGUUAGCGGAUUGCAAUGUUUGUAAGAAAGCUAAUUAUAAUAUUAACUUUCAUCAUGUCCCUAAAGACAUUAGUGUCCGAGAGCUGAAUAACUCCUAUGUGACCUGCUUCUGCUACGACACCAGCAAUGUUCGGCUACAAGCUAGCGUGAAGAGGAGUGUCCAGAGCAGCGCUGACUCCGCCCACGACUCAGAGGCGAAUUGCUAAUGAUCUACUGGAGCUCUGCAGGAGAAAACAGUGUUGCCGACUCCUCAGUCAGGAAAGUCGCUAGUGGCUGCCGUAAAAGUCGCUAAAGUUGCUAGGUUGGCAACACGGCAAAUAUAUUCCUUGCAGGUAUUCAAGGAAUCGUUUCAGCCCUAAGCGGACCGCUCAAAAAGUGUUAAAAUGUCGACUACACAGAUGUAACAAAACACAUCGAUAUCAUUAUAUUCCCAAAUGUCAUCAAUAACUAAUAACUAUUGACUGAUAUUAAAAGAUUUUUUUGUAUAUACAUCACAAAAAAAGAUGCUUCUCUAACGGGAGCCUGCUUAUCCACCUUUAAGUCAACUGAACUUUGAGGUUUGAGGAUCUUCUUGAUCUGAAAACCUGAUUUUAUCUCUGAGUUUGUUACAGGAUGUUCUCCAUCUCAGUGAUGGAGCUCAAUAAAUGUGAUUUGUUGCGUCUUAUUCUGUCUCUCUCUGAAAAUCGUCGAGCUCCGUCUCUUCUGUGUUUUGUAACGCAGUCGUCUUUUGUCGAAAUACCUGUUUUGGUGCCAGUGAUUGAGAAAGCAGAUCCCGGCCCUGCCUGUCUGAGGAGCGAGGAGGAGGCUGAAAAACCUCCUCAUCCUUUCAUGGUCUGGAAAACAUUUUCAUGCUUAGAUUGCGCUCCUCGGCCCCGAACAGUUCUCCUUUAUUUGUUUGAGGAAGGCGUAAGCUGAUUCUUCUUCAUCAAGCGCUACACUGCGUCUGGUUUUUCAGAAUUGGCUGUUUGGAAAGUCAAAUGUGAGCAAUUACCUCGCUCUUAUCUGCACGGCUCCCAAAUGCCGAGGCCCUGAUGCAAAUUCUUUCAUUGCUUACUCUCAGGCUCGUGCUCCAAAUUUAGAAACGCUCGGUCCGAGGUCGUUAAAGCCGAUUCAAGCUGAUUGUGAACAAGUUUUCAAGGAGGUUUGAAAAGCUCCGAGUGCUCCACGCUCCACGGUGAAAUUGCAGCUCUGAUUCUGCAGGGAGCUUUUUGGAUUCCACAUCCACCAUGGGAUUUGGGGUCAAGGUGCAUUUCCUGUGGAGCAAAGAGCGCCGAGCGAAAACCUGCUCAACGCUCAAGCACGCCUGGAACCACUACACGCUCGGUCACAUGUCUUCGAUAGUGCAGGACCCGGAGGGGGUUCACAGGCGACCCGGCUGCAUGUUUCCGAGGAAUUUUCCUGCACCACAUGGGGAGGAGGAAGCCGGGUCUUUCCUCCGCUAAUACUAUUAAUCAAACCACAUGAACUGCGGCGUGCGUGACGCCUCUCUUUGAAGCCGCGGGGGGGGAGGUCGCUCCGUGCUGGACUGUACUGGACUCACGGCGUCUCUGAACAUGUGAGUGUAUUAGCCGUAAGCUGCCUCACAGGAGCAGCUGCGCCGCGUCUCCCGUAAGUGAAAGCAGCUUUGAGUAAACAGAUAGCGGGGUAAAAGCAGACGCACCUUUCUGUUCACUGACGGAGUGGGCGGAGCUACAAGGGGGGCGGGGGGAGCGAGGCACAGACAGAGGAGCUUUCAGGUCAGAGUACAAAGAGAGGCCGUCUUUUGUCACUGAGUCCACCUGAGGUCAAUAAUUGAUCAUCAGUGGGCUCAGAUCAGAUGACUCCAGGGUCUCCCCUCCACUCAGGACGGUUUCUUUAUUCAUCAGACUGAAGGUUCCUGUCAUCUUCAGAAAACGCCACCAUGACCACGAGGAUGUGAACCAAACACUGUAAACAAAGGCGGUCUAGAGUACCUGGGUCUCCAGGGAGUCACCGGUCCGAGACGAGAUGAAAUAGUCUCCCAAAAACCACAUCCUCUGUUGUUGUUUUGAUGUUAAUGAUCGAUCAAGUAUUGAUAAGUUAACGGUCAACUCAAUAGUUAUGCUAGUUACCUUAAACUUUUUAGCUCUUGUAAAUAAUUUGCUGUGAAACCUAAACCCACAACUUUGGAGGAAGUAAAAAUACCCUGUACCUCUAUUCUGUUCUAUUCUAUCCUAUUCUAGUCUACUUUAUUAUAUCAUAUCAUUCCAUUCUAUUCUAUGCUAUUUCACUCUGUUUUUUUCUAUUCUAUCCUAUCAUUCUAUUCUAUUCUUUUCUAUCGUUCCGUUCUAUUCAAAUCCAUUUCACGUGAUUCUAUUCCAUUCUAUUGUAUUCUAUUUUAUCGUUCCAUUCUUUUAUCUAUUUCACUCUAUUCUAUUCUGUUGUCUUCUAUUCUUUUUUAUUCUAUUGCUCCAUUCUAUUCUAUUCUACUCUAAUGUUCCAAUCUUUUCUAUUCUAUUCUAAUCUAUUCUAUUAUUUUCUAUUCUAUUUUAUUAUAUCAUUCCAUUCUAUUCUAUGCUAUUUUACUCUUUCCUUUUCUAUUCUAUUCUAUCAUUUUCUAUCGUUUCAUUCUAUUCAAAUCUAUUGCAUUUGAUUCUACUUCAUUCUAUUCCGUUUUACUCUAUUCUAUCAUUUCAUUCUUUUCUUAUCUGUUUCACUCUAUUCUCUUCUGUUUUUUUCAUUCUAUCGCUCCAUUCUUUUCUUAUCUAUUUCACUCUACUCUUUUCAUAUUUAUUCUAUCUUAACUGAUUGAUUGUGCGCCGCCUAACUAGCAACAUGCAGUCAUCUGUUCCGUCCCUCAGUUUGAACCUCUGACUUCAGUUUUCUGUGUUUUUGCUCGUUCGUCUCUCGUCUUUAUUUAGACUUUACUUCAGAGGAGAACUCUGGACCCUCAGUUUGAACCUCUCACUUUAGUUUGUGAGUUUUUACUCUGGACCUUCAGCUUCUCCAUAAAAAGACAGAAAGUUCACAUCUGAUCAAGUCCUCCACACAAAGUUUCCCUCGACCCCGCCGGGUUUUGUUCCCGGUCGGAAACAAUCGAUGGAUGUGUGUUUGUGAGUUCCUGGAGAGAGGGAGUCGGAUGAACUCUGAGGCCCGAGGCUGGUCGUUCAGCUGCGCUCUUCCUAAAGUGGGACAACUAUUGAACAUCUGAUCGUCAAUCAGCUGAUCAGCUCUGUCAUCGAUCGUCUCCUCCGGUCAGACUCCCUGCAGUCAUGUUGGUUUACACGCUGAUGACACCGCUCUGUUCGUGGUCACGUCUGCACAAAUCAAACUCUGCAGCUGACCGCCGGUUCUCCCCCCUCUGCGCCGCUCCUCCUCCUCCUCCUCCUCGCUCUUGGUUUCCUGCUGCAGGAUUAGUCUGCACGCCCCCGACGUCACUCCGUUUGUUAGAGUAAACAACAGCAGCCACUGUGGAGUGCUCACGGCUGAUCUCAUUACAAGUUGUAACGGACACCCCCCCCUCCGCAGACCCACCCCCGUCACCCGGCACAGGAGGGGAGAGAGUCGGCGGUGAGCGUGGAGAGCUCUCGGCGGAGCGUGGGGACGGCGGUCUGAGUGGUCUGAGCUGUUUGAAGUGCUGGCAGGUGCUGCAGCCACUCAGACAGACAGACGGACGGACAGUGAGGGAGGGAGAGAGGAGGAUGAAACAGCAGCAGUGUCAGUCCCAGCUGCUCACGGUGCAGCAGAAACUCAACUCCAUCCAUGUGAAGAAGACAGAGAGGAAAAUACUGAACAGAUUCAGGUUUCUGUGUAAAUAUAAAUAUAAAACUACGAAUGUCAGGCUGACCGCAGAGGCCGACAGAGAGGUCGUGGUCACUUCAUUUCAGAUUCACCAGCAGUAAGAAAAAGGAAAAGUUUUUAAAGUCUGAUUUUACCCUCCGUCCUCUCAUUUCUCUUCUUUAAUACUCCUAAAAAUCGAACCUUCUUGGUUCUCAGAAAGGCAGCGAAGAAACAGACUCCCACAAAAUGUUCAGUUCCUGCUCAAAAAUGUGGGAUUGAUUAUGUCGGGCCAAACUCAAAAAAAGGGUUUACAGUCACUUUUUCUGCAGACAAAGAACCGAGGGAAGAAAAAACAGAUUUCUAUGAGGGGAAGAGAGAGAGAGCGAGCCGUGCUGCAGAAGAUUUUCAUUAACUGAUAUAAAAAUAACACCGUGGUGCCAUUUCAGUUUUUUUACUCUCAUAAAGCAGAAAAAUAUUUAAUGAAUAAUGUGGAAAAAAAACAAACAAUGAUGAACAUUUUGCUGGAAAUUGCCGGUCAGUCGUAGUCGUGUUUCUGUUUGUUCCUCAUAAAUGCUAACUGAGGUAACAGGUGGUGCUAGAAGGGGCUACACAUCUGCAUUAAAACUGCACAUUGCUGAUUGCAGCACAAGUUUGCCUGUAAGGACAGAGUUUGGACAGUUUUGUCCUCUGGAAGUCCCCCAUAAAAACUGUGACAUGAACGACAGUGUAACUUCUGCUGAAACUCUCCAUCAGCAUCUUGACCUCUGCUGUUCCUCAUUCUCCAGAUCAGUUUUCUCAGCAUCUCAAACGUCCUGCUGACUCUGGACAUUAUUUCUUCAUCCAAAGGAGCGGCUGGACUUAAAGAACCUCAAAUCCAGAAAAGUCGAGGUUUCUCUAAGAAACCUGGAUGAACAUUUUUCACUAUUUUCUGACAUUUUAUUGACAGAAGCGUCGUCUCAAAGUUCCCGUUGCCCCUCUCCCUCCUGGUCUGAUGUUUUCUCCCCGCAUGUUGACUUCCUCUCCACGGUUUGUUUCCUGAGGAGGUCAGAGCGGGGCGGCUCUCUGCACCUUGUGAUCAAAGUUUCGGUUCACCUGAGCUGUUUGUUUCUCUCUCCUGUCGGUUUAUUUACUGAAGUGAAAACGUCGCUGCUUCUCUCUUUAACUCUCAUGUGGAACCGAUGAUCAGGAAGCUUCAUGAGUGAGUUUGUUUCUCACGGAUAAACGAGGAGAAACAGCUCACUAAAGCGCAGACAGACAGACAGACAGCAUGCUCUCAUUUUCAGAUGUAGUUUUACUUUCCCAGACAGUGAAGCUCAGAAACAGGCGGGAACGUUUUUUUGUCCUCAUGCUCCGUAUUCAAAGAAAUGAUGAAGACAACGAAAAACACCUGUUUGUGUUUUUUAAGGUUCAAUCUUCACAGCGGUUCUGGUUUUGGUUUUAUCAUCACAUGAUCAUCUUUACUGUCUCCAAGAAUGAAAAAUAACAGAUAACUCACAGGCUGGUGGAGGGAUGAGAAUCGACAAACACUUCCAGGUCAGAACCGGUUCUGACUAGUUUGAAACCUGGCGGGGAAAAGACAGGAAUGAUACCGAACACUGUCGAAUAAAACGAAAGCAGUUUUGUUUCCAAUAUCAACUCAUAGCACAUAUUGAUUCACUAUAAAAUCCACUCGCUCCGUGAGACCGACAACUUUCAAGUAGAAACUCUGUGUUUCGGAGACUUACAGGGGCUUUACUGUCUCUGAUCUACGCUCUAAUUUCAAACAAAAGUACCAUUUCUGAUGCUGCAUUGGCGUUACCUCUGAAGUCAGAUGUCGGAGCUGAAAAUGACGUCACACCCGAGUUCCCAGCGUUUCAGUUAAAUUGGAGGCCUGAAAAAAGCUGGCGAAAUAUACAAAAGUUAUUUUAGCGCUUGCCUUAUAGCCGGACAAGGCAAGCGCUAAAAUAACUUUCGUAAAUGUAGCCAUCUUGUUUCCGCCUCCGAUUUUGCUUUUUUCCGACUGAAACUGAAACUGAAAAGCUGGGAACUCGGGUGUGACGUUAUUUUCAGCUCCAACUUCUGACUUCAGAGGUAACUUGAACGCACCAUGAGUAUGCUGAUUAAAGGCUGCCAUUUUUGUGGUUCGCAUGUCAACCAAUCAGAGGCUGCGUCUAUGAUCAGCUGUCCUUAAAAGGUCCAAUCAGCAGUAAACAGUGAAAGACAUAAAACCUGUAAUAAAAUCUCAAUUGUUCACUGACUUUUUCCAGACAGAAAAUUCACAGAAAUCAACGAUUAAUCAGAUCAAUAACAGCGUCAGUAUCAAUAAUCCUGCUCUUCGUGCUCUGAGAUAUCUGUUUCAGUUUUAGUUCAGUCGGGAGUUUUUCUCAUUCAGCAAAAGCUUGAGGAAAAAAAACAGAAGCAAUAACACACUGGUUCAAAUCUUCAUAAAGAGAAGUAAAACACGCUGAGACAUGAUGAUUCACACAUCUCUAUAUGAGGAGUAAAUAAUCUAGAAGCUCUAAUCCUCCCUCAGAUUAUCUAAUACAGUAAAGUCAUGAACACGGUUGCUGUUGCCGCCUGCUCUCUGAUAAAUCAUGUGUUUUUGACAGUCCGUCUCCUCUCUCAGGGAUUUGAUGGGAACAAUAUGAAGCCCUGAUACAGAUGCUUAUUUGUUUCCAAACUCGACACACAAUCACAAACGUCUGCUCUCCUCACGCCAUCUCUCAUUGGACAGAAACACUCAUACAAUAGGUACAAUGGCUCUGACAGGACAUGUACAGUACAGUUGAUGAGCAGAUGUGUUGAAAGCCUCCUUUGUCUGAGUGCAGCGUGGCUCCUCCCUGCUCAGCAUUUCUCUCUGUCAGGUGACUGUCAGCAAGAAAGGAAAGCGCUGCUCCGGCACAAAACCGCCCCGCGGCCGGCCCGCACGCUUCCCAUCACAGGACGGCCGCAGCCCGGCGCUGCAGCUGACUCAUGACUCCUGUGUGAGGACUCGGAGCUGAGUGCUUCCCAUCACUGUUUAGAUUGGCAUCUGAGUGUUUUUAGAGAGCAUGACUCAGGGAUUAAAGAUGUGCUGAGUCGCUGUGAUCACAACUUUGUUCCUGUUGAUGCUUUUGCACAUCAUAAUGUUCAAGUGUCAUGAGGUUAUAUGAGACCAAACCAAAUUUAACAUCACAUGAUCGCAAAAACAGGCUGGAGCUGGAUUUUGGAGGGUAAAUUCUCCUGAAAGUCUGCUCUCUUCAUGGGUCUGUUUUUCCAUGAGAACUCGGCUUGUUUUUUCAGAUGUCUGACAACAUCUCAAAAAAGGAACAACACAGGACCAGAAACCCACUAUUAAAAAAAAAGAUAUAUUUUUAAAAAUUUUAUUUACAGCAUUCUUAGAUUUAAAAAAAAAAUUUGAUUUUUAGACUCUCCACUUUGAUCGAGUACUUUUAUAAAAACUGAUUAUAAUUCUGAGAUCAGUGUCAGAGUUCUAAAAGAACUUAAAAAUCAUGAUUUCAAAGAAUUUGAAAUUUGUUUUCAGAAUUCUAUAAAGAAUUAUGCUGCGUUUGAGUCAGAAGUCUGAGAUGAAAAUGACGUCACACCUGAGUUACCAGCGUUUCAGUUACCAAGUCGGAAAACAGCAAAAUCGGAGGUCUGAAACAAGAUGACUACGUCCACGAAAGGUAUUUUAGCGCUUGCCUUAUAUUCGGACAAGGCAAGCGCUAAAAUAACUUUUGUAGAUGUAUCCGUCUUUGUUCAGCUAAUUUUCAGCUCCGACAUCUGACUUCCGAGGUAACUUGAAUGCAGCAUCAGAAAUCGUACUUUUGUAUAAAAUUAGAGCGUAGAUCAGAGACAGUAAAGCCCCUGUAAGUCUCAGAAACACAGAGUUUCUACUUGAAAGCCGCCGGUCUCACAGAGCGAGUGGAUUUUAUAGUAAAUCCAUAUGUGGUACAAACUAAUAUUGGAAACACAACUACUUAAGUAGUGUGUUCGGUAGUCGGAAUUUUGACAUUAAAGGCAAAAUUCUUCUUUAAUAUCAAAAUCCGACUUUUUUUCUUGGAAUAGAAAAGAUAAGAGCUGGAAUUCUGACAUUGAUCCCAGAGUUCUCUAAGAAGAUUAAUUCAGUAGUUUGAUUAAAAUAUAGAUACAAUUUUUGAUAAAAAUAAGAAAAGUAUCAAAUUUAAUCUCAGAAUUCUGUCUGUAGUUUUUUUCUCCUCACAAUUCUGAGAUCUGAGCCAAAAUUUGACUUUUCGGACUUUUGACUGACUCUUAAAACUGACUUUUUCCAAAGCUCUCAGAAAAAAUGUCGAACUCUAAAAAAUAAUUCUGUAGACGAACUGAAACUAUAACAGCCUCUUUUGUUGCUGCUGGACCCUUUUCCUCAUUUUUCGUGCAGAUCUGAAAAACAUGGCUCAGGUUUAAAUCCACAGACGGUCUUUUAAGUCAGACUGCAGAGAGCUUCUGCAGGUAGUGUGCUGUUUGUAACCCUGCAGCUGUGUGCACAGUCUCCAUGUUUGUUUAAGUGCCAUAAAGCUGAGCUGUAGCUCCAGUUCAGACUCAUCCAGUACAGAGAAAAGACUUCUCCACAGACAGGCCUUUGUGCAGGAGGACACUCCUGCUCUGAGCCACUGAAGCACAGAGAUACAUGUUCACGCUGGGCUUUUUCUGGGACUUCUCGCCCGACAUGUCCUCUUUGAUGCCUGCUGCUGUAUUUGAAUAGAUUCUGCAUGAGGAUUUGCAUCCAAUUUGUGUGCUUCUGUGAGUUUAGUAGAAGUGCUGUGUCGCCUUUAAUCUUUUAUUGUGUCAUGCUCAGCUAGAUAUUUGUCUGGAUGUUCCCAUAUUUGGUUUUGGAUCUCAUGAAAGAUGGCGGGGCAUGACUUCACUCAGGAAAACUUUCUUAUCAGGCUCAGAAACAUUGAAGUGGUGAAAGUUUUACUGAUUAUGAAAUUAGGGUGUUUACACUUUUUAUUUUAAAGACAGCUCAUCAUCGGCUCUGAGGUUACUUCAUUAUUAUCACUGAAUUAAGCACUUUAAUAAAAAAAUGAUAUAUUUAAAAAAAUAUUUUUGUGGUUCUAGAUGACUGACAGCAGCUACAAAAGUUUGAUUGACUCUUAUAGCCUGAUUGAGGUUCCAGCAGCAAAACAGGCUUUAAUGGCUGACAUGCAAUCCAAUCUAAAAUGGGAAACGUGCUUUACAAGCAUCACGGUUAACUUCUGGAAGGAAUUUAAGGAUUGUGGUGAUUUUGAUGAGCCCUGUGGACAAGGCGUUUUUUUGUUUAUUUUGUUCCAUAAAAAGUGAUCUUAAAGUUCUGACUUAGUCAUGAAAAUCUAAAUCAGAUCUUAGAUUUCUAACUAUGAUCUCAGAACUUUGAUCUUAAAAUUCCAUAUUGGAGUUUGGUAUUCCUACUUUGACCUCAGAGUUCUGAUCCUAAAAUUCUAACUAUGAUCUCAGAAUUCCGGAUUUGAUCUCAAAAUUCCAGGUUUAAUCUUAGAAUUCCUACUCUGAUUGAUGUGAGUAUUCCUACUUUGAUCUCAGAAUUCUGACUUUGAUCUUAGAAUUCUGGAUUUGAUUUCAGAAUUCCGUCCUUGAUCUCCAACUUUGAUCUGAGAAUUCCGGGUCUAAUCUUAGAAUUCCUACUUUGAUUGAUGUUAGUAUUCCUACUUUGAUUGAUGUUAGUAUUCCUACUUUGAUCUCAGAAUUCUAAUUUGAUCUCAGAGUUCCGGAUUUGUUUUGAGAAUUCCUACUCUGAUGUUGUAUUCCUACUUUGAUCCCAAAAUUCCAUUUCUAUUUUAGAAUUCUGACUAACUUUGAUCUCAGAAUUCUGGAUUUAAUCCUAGAUUUCUUACUCUGAUUGAUGUGAGUAUUCCUACUUUGAUCUCAGAACUCUGACUUUGAUCCCAAAAUUCCAAUUUGGUCUCAGAGCUCUGGCUUUGAUCUGAGAAUUCCGUCUCUGAUGUUGGUAUUCCUACUUCGAUCUCAGAAUUCCACGUCUGUCUUAGAAUUCUGAUUAACUUUAAACUUAGAAUUCUGGAUUUAAUCCUAGAUUUCCUACUCUGAUUGAUGUUAGUAUUCCUACUUUGAUCUCAGAACUCUGACUUUGAUCCCAUAAUUCCAAUUUGGUCUCAGAGUUCUGGCUUUGAUCUGAGAAUUCCGUCUCUGAUGUUGGUAUUCCUACUUCGAUCUCAGAAUUCCUGCUUUGAUCUUAGGUUUCUGACUUCAUCUUAGAAAUCCUGACUGAUGCUGGUUGGUGAGAAUGUCAAUAUUUAGUUGAGUAAAUGUACAAACCUCUUACACUGUAAUUAUCGUAUUAACAGCUGAUUAUGUCAUGUAAGUAUCGUUAGCUACUUCUGGUUUAGCUUUUGAGGAUGCUGGUCGACAGGAGCAGCUCCUUGUGGGUCGGCUCUGUCAAAGGAUGCUCUCCCGGUGUAGUGACACAGCUGACGAACGAGUUAAACAGGUAAAUUGAAGUUUAAAUCCUCGUUAACCCUGAAAAUUUCUGUUGUAGGUGACCCACAGAGAAAUUGACAUGCACUUGUGUGGUUACAGCAUGUGUUGCUUGUGUCUGUGCGUGCUGACAUGUUGGAUCCCAGUGUUGUGCUGAGCGCCCGGGGAGACGUGGACGUGGUUUUUUUUAAGAGCCUGGGUGCUGCCAAGCUGUUUGUUUGUUGGUCUCCAGGCUUUUGUGGUUGUCACAGCAACCGCCCAGUGUUCGGCACUCUGCAGCAUUUUGCACAGACGAGCCUCUCUUUGUGAAAUGAACUCGACUGAGGAAAGAGCUACUACCACACUCUGACUCCUCACACACACACACACACACACACACACACACACACACACACACACACACACACACACACACACACACACACACACACACACACACACACACACACACACAGAUGAAUAUGCAUGAGGCUGCUUUGAGCCACAGCAGAGUAAAUAUCAGAGGAGUUGUAACAAUGGUUGCUAUUCUUUGUCAAUCUGCACUUUUUGGCCGACUUGCUGCACCAUCAGCACGUGUGUGUCUCUGUGUGUGUCUGUGUGUGUCUGUGAGCAUGUGUGUGUUUGCUUGCACUUACAGCUUGUCUGUGUGCAUAAUUUUCUGCACAAACUCUUCUGCGGACAGGCUGUAUGUGUGUUUCUGUGUUAGCAUAACUUUGUGUCCUCUCCUUCACACGUGUGCUGAAGCAGCAGCCGCGGCCGUAGAUAAGUGUAAUGGGACGGCGGCGCUGAGUCGGCACUUUGCAGUAGCAGCCUGUUUAAGCACGGGGGUUGGACGGAUGCUGCCGCACCUGAGAGACUGUCGCACUCCAUCAUGGCUGCUCCCUCCGCUCUGGAGGACACCGUGUGUGACAGUGUGAAGUGUAAAGUGUGUGUGGUCUGAGAGGAAGAGGAGUGUAACAACUCCCAGAGCCCAGACUUUUUUUUUUUUUUUCAACAGGCUGAAUCACACGGAUAAUUUAGCAUCUUUAUCUCCAAUUUUACGCACAUUUACCUCUAAUGCAGCAUGACAUAUUUGAUAUCUUUGGAAGCUCUCAGCUCUUGACCAGAGUCCAAAAUAAAGCUCUGCAGGAUUUUUAGGUCUGCGAGGUUCUAAAUCACAGGGCGGCCAAGACGUUCUGGGAGGUUUGGGGGGUAAAGGAAGCGUCUGAAAUCACAGUAAGGAGGAUAACAGCGUUUAUCAAAAAAAGACCUCAAAUAAAACCCCCACAAAAAUUAAUGAAAAUUCGCCUCACAAACAGAUUUAUUAGGAUUUGGCGGAUGGUGAAUAUCGCAGCCAUUGCGGAUCGAAGCCGUUCCGGAUGCGGUGAAAAUUGGAGGUUAUUUCAUGGAUUUGAGGACUGAAGACCGGCUGGAUUUGAAGAUCCAGAUCUGUUGCUCCUCCACAGUCAGAAGGAGGCGGAUCCUUCGGGACGCCGCUCUUUAGAGGUUUCUUUUUUGACAUGUGUGCGUCCAAUCAGGCCGUAUCCUUCAGGGAGCUUUAGAGGAAGGAGACAGAGGGAGGUCAACAAUGACCUUUGACCCUCUUUGGUUCACUCCCCUUGGUAGUUGGCAGGUCCCCAGACUCCUGUCCUUCCUGUGUUCGAGAGAAAAGGAGCGUGAGGUCGUAUUGUUCCCGUCUGUGACUCACUGAGAUCCGCAUGGAUGGAGCGGAGGGGCUUUAGGAGCCGGUUUGGCGUGAAUAUCGACACGUCAGGGUGACUCAGUAUCAGAGGAUUUUAUUUCUAUUUGUGGGUUAUUUUUCUUUUAUUCUUAUUCUUUUAUUUUUGGAGCUCAUGCAGUGACUCCCACUUCAGAGACAUGCCAAAGAUCACAGCCAUCCAGUCCUGGUUUUCAUUCUUGUCUUAUAUGUGCAGAGACUUAACGACCACUUAGACCACUAGACUAGAAGUUUCCCUAUUUAGGUCAAAGGUCAUCCCUGCGUAGACUCCUCCCAGUCGGUCAGGAGCUCAAAUUCAGGUCAGAGGUCUCACAGAUCCAGUAGAUCACCAAAUCCAAGGAUGGAUUCUCUUCUCUGAUUGGUUCAGAAAUGUUCUCACCAGGGUUCGAUAAGAUUCGGAUCAAACCAGGAAAAAAAGAAAACCGCCUCAGGAUCAGGAUUCACUUUUAUCCCUCCGUCUUCCUGUCUCUGACAUUUCCUCUCCCUCCACCCGUCCGUGUCUCUGUCUGUCCUCCUCGUCUUCAUCGUCUCUCUGGUCGUCUACAGUAGAUGUUCGCCUCUCUGACGUUGCUCCCCUCAGACUACGAAUCACGUCUCUCUCCGCCGCCCACUCGAUCGCUGCGAUGGAAUUUAUGUUCGAGUCUCUCUGUUCGCCAGAUGCACAAAGUCACGGCGCGGCGCUCUGCAGACAGUUGGACAUCAGCUGGGUGUCUCUGCAGGUCCUCAGCUGUAGUUUUCCUCUCGUUUCUGCAUUUUUAUUCCAGGACGUAAUCCACGUCUGAUAUCUGUUCCAGCUGUUCAGAGUCGUGCACACAGGAGCUCCACAGGAGAGCUGCUGUAUAUCUGAACACCUUCUCUCCUGUCUUACAGUCUUUGUUUACGCUCUCACUCUGAGCUGCAUCAUAAACUAAAAUAAAAAAGUACAUCUGCUCGUGUUUUAUUCAUGCGUGUAGUUAAAGAGUCCUGGUGGUGCAGAACUUCUCGAGAGCCCAGACUGUCUUCAUUUGUCUGAAAUAGACAUUGAACUCGUACAACUUGUUUGGAGAUGCCGAAGAAUAAAAAAUGUCUGUUUUUGUGAAGAAUAAGAAGUCUGGUUGUUUGUUUAAGAGCUGCAGGUGUGACCGAGUCAGAGCGGAGAGACAUUUAUUCAAAGAAGAACCAGAACCGUCCUGAAACUCUGUGCAGAUGUGAGUCUGUUAGUUUGUCUUUGAGAGCGUAACUGAAGUCGAACCACCAGAAAAUAUCAACCAGAGAAACUUUGAUUGAUUGUUCUCUUUUUUUAAAAUAUAUGUUUGUUAAAAUUUUCCAGAAAGAAACAAGAACACAUGUCAAAAAACAAACGUACAAACAGGAAUCCGUUAAAGAAGCAUCUUUUUUGUGGCGUAUUUACAAAAAAUCUUUAAAUAUCAGUCAAUAGUUAUUAGUAAUUGAUGACAUUUGGUAAUAUAUCGAUACCGCUCUUUCUGACUGUAAACAAAGCCGUUCUCCACUUCCUCUAACCUGAUUGGUUGUGAGGCAGACGCUGCUCCCCCGUGUCGUUCAGGAGCCCAAACAAAGUUAGCGUGCUACAAUAUCGGACAGUAGAAACCAACCAGAAAGUUCGGAAAAUUGUCUGAAUCCUCCUUUGGCCACGACUGCCGACACAAGCGAGAAAACAAAGUAAAUACCGGAGACUCUGUAGGAAUAACGGGCGCUUAAAACGGAGGUAGACCGGACAAGAGCUAAAAAGCCGGGUCAACAUAAACCAUGGGGGACGCUUGGGGAUCUUGGUGACCCUGUAACCUUUCUGCUGGACAGGUAAACUGCUUUAACAAAGUAAGACAAGUGUCUGUAACAGAAGUGUUUCUUGUCAAACGGACCUGCUGUAGCGUGUUGUAGCGCCAUCGCUAAACUGUCCUCCCUCGGGUCCUGGACUAUGUCACUUUAUCCUCGUUGUAGAAGUCCUGCAAACAUUGUGUUUGCUGGUAGUCUGUUGGCAUCUACAGUAGCACCAAUGCUUUUGACUUUCACCUUGACUGGGCCCCAUUUGUAAUGAUCUGAAGGAUUUAUCUGCAUUAUAUCUGAAUUUGAGAGACUGAUUGUUUUCUGUCUUUGCUGAUGCUCUCCCUGCCUCGUCUCCUUGACACACUCAUCGACGUAUCGUCUUCUUUCUUUGUGGUAAAGUGAAUGAGAGUGUAAGUGUGACAUGGGUUGUAAAAUAUGAGCGUUGGGACUAAUAAAAGGAGCUGUUUUGAAGUCGACCUUGUUCCAGGUCUUUAGUUGUGGCCGUUAAACCUCGAGAACCGUCUCCGUACAAAUGAAAAACAUCUUCUUCUCUUUUCAUGUUAUCACUGAUACAGCCGUGAGUGAGUGAGUCAGACCUCGUUCAUCACUCUGUUCCUCCAUGAUGUGGUUUUUAAUUCAGACGGGCUCUCGGUGAACCCGUCUGGUUAAACGCCGCGCUUUCAUCCCUCUCACAUCAGGAAAUCAUCUGGCGGUCUGAGAGGGAGGAAGGUGCCGGAGCUGUUAGCAGCUCUGCUUUCCUGGCACCAGAGAAGCUCUUUCCAACGGCACUUUGUGGCCCCCAUGAGCCCCCGAGAGUGAGACGGAGACACUCGCUCCUCUUUGAGACCCUCAGAGGCCCGUUUCCCCUCAAACUCAUCCAGACUGGAUUCAGACCGAGCCGUGGGUGGUGUUACAGUUUUUAACUCGAUGAUCUGACUCCAAAGAGGAACAGUUUCUCCUCUUUUGUUGAGCUCUCGAGGAGACACCGGAGAGGUUUUAUUCUGACAGUUUUUCUGGGGUUUCAUCAGGACACGAGGGGCCCCUGGAACUGCAGGUUUCAGAAACCCACCAUCGUGUUGAAAACCGCCUUCCUGUGCCAGAAGUCUUUCCUCUGCGUCCUGGACUCGUGUUCAGAUAUGGCAGGGCUCGCUGUCAUGAGCUGGCUGCUGGUUUCAGGGAAAGGAUUGUACUAAUAUGGAGCUGGCAGAGAGGCAGGAAAUAUUUUCCUAACUGAGGCUGAUUAAUGUGGGGGAGGGAGGGGAGAGGAGCGGGAGAGGAGGGGAAGAAAACUUAACGUGAUGGAUGUAAGGUCGCCAGAACAGGGAGGUGGAGCAAGGUGAAGAUUUGACAGUAUUUCUGCUGUUUGAAAACAGCUGAUUACACAUUAAUUAUUAAAGAGAUAAUAAGUUAAAGGGAUGGAUGACGAAAAACUUAGCUGUUGAAGCAGAUUUGAAAAAAAGUGACACACCCCCUCUGACAGAGCAAGAAGAUCCUACGCUAGCUUCAAAUAGGAUCCACCAUGUCGGAUUGUUAGCGACUAGCGGCGGUAAACUCCAGCUCUGCCUGGACAGCUACCGUGUUGACAUGUCAGAGACUAAUAAGAGUUAUUUAUGAAACAUGAGCCACGAUAAAAGGAGAUAAAAAUUACCUGUUCAACUAAAACUCUGCUGUCUCAGCGUCUGUUUUCUCCAACGCUCCACGGAUGACCCGAUGUUUAUUCACGUUAGAUUCCUCGCUUGGUCGCCUCUUCAACUCCGCCUUUUCUUUUAUCGGCUUGCGUUUUCUUAGCAUUUUCGGCGGUGGGGCAAACAGAAGUGUUUUUUUUUUGCGUCCUUCUCCAUCACAGCUCCUGUAGCUAAGCUGCUACGCUACUUUUAUCGGAGAGUGGGAGGGGACAAGUCGGAACUACAUGAGAGGGGUGUGUCGAAUACAGAGAGGUUGACCAAUAGGAGCGGUCCGGGACCGAUGGCUCCCAUUGGUCAAAGUUUUUGCAGCCCUGCACCUGAUAGGAUGAACAGAUUUUUCCGAUCUUCACUUUGUGGAGAUCGCACUAUAGGACCAUGAUCGCCAUAGAAACGAGGUUCAUAAUAAUCACCAAUUUCUCCAAUUGUCAACCAUGACUUUAAGAUCGGCGGUUUUAGUCUUUUCUGCCGAUCUCCUGACCUCUGCUUGGACAGGCAGGGAGCUUUUCUUGAAAUACUUUGACUACUGUAGACCUGAAAUACCUGAAAUUGUCGGGAUGACGUCCUGGCUCUGACUUCUUAAUAAGUUUGCACACGUAAUGAUAAAAAUGAAGUCUGAGUUCUUAUCUAUUAGCAGGAAAACCUCCUGAGUGAGUAUUUUUAGGAGGAGUGAAGCGAAACUGCGGAGCUGGCGUGGGUUUAAUCUUGUCCAGUGUGGAAAUGUUUGGCUCUCGUCUCCGUUUUAUUGCUGUAAAUUUGGCGUCUUUGGCUCCGGAGCAAAACAAACAUCUUGAAGAUAUCAGAGCGAGCUGCUGAAAAACUGUGAACAGGCAGAUAAACGCAGCUAAACGCAGCAGUCGGGUCUUUUUCUCCUCUUUUACAGUCUCACUCCACCAUCAAGGUUGGCUGCCUUUAUGCCGUUUGCUCGCUGAGCUCUGCAUCCGGCGGUUGCCAUGGGAAAAAUAUCGCCUUAAUGACGCUGACUGGCAACUUUCCCUGAAACUGAUGCAGAGCAGAUUCCUCUCACUCUUGACCCCUGUUGUUUUUACAGCCUGCCUCAGUGUUGGGAGGCUGAGACCAGAGAGAGAGGAGGUGAGGGGAGUUUAUGAGCCUCCACUUCCUCCGCAGAUGGAGCCGCUCUUCGCUUUCACUUUGCUGUUUCACGGCAUGUUGUAGCGAAGCUGUGUUUAAGCCGCGGUAAUGAUGAUGAUUUUCAGAAGAGGAGGAGGAGAGCAGACAUGUUAGCAGAGAUUCACAGCACAUACUGUCUGAACAGAAAGUGUAUGAGGACAGAAAGAUCACACGCAGAGAGUACAGGAGUCACACGGAGGGCAAGAAACGCAGCGAAGUCCUGCAUGAACCUGCGGUCUUCAAGAAUCUGAGAGCUCCAAUGAUUCAGAACUCUUAUAUUUACAAAUACAGACGUCUUCAUGAAGAGAGGAUCCAUGCUGAACGAGAAAAACAAACACCAGCUUAACUCUCAGAGACGUCAACCAUUAGUUUCUGAAGAAGCUCAGCGAUGGUGCUCGCCAUGCUGGACUGAAUCUGACUGAAGAUACAACAAGACGAAAGAGUCGAGUCAAAACAGACCGUUAAACUCUGAGCUAAGAGUUACAGUCAGAAUGUUUACAUGUGGUUAACUUAAGCUAGACUAAAACCCCAAUUUUCACCGCAUCCAGCGACAAUUUUCUCCGUCCACCAAUUCCUACCAGAUCCGUUUGUGAGACAAAUUUUGUGACGGACCACAGAACCCACGGAUUCACGUUCAAUCGCUCGAUAACAAGUUGUUUCUAUAAAGACAGCCACAUAGACAUAUAAGCAGUAGAUUGUGUCCGAUCCGCAGAGGAACGAAAAGAAGUCGGUGUAAAUUGACACGUUAACUUGAAUGGUUACGAUCAGCUACGAUCGGAGGAUACGACCUUUUCGGAAAGUGGGGGUUAAACCUCAAUCAGGUGAAUCAGCUGAGCUGUCCUUGUCUCAAUCUGGAAGUUCACCUCCGCUACAGGAGGGGGCGAUAUCCCCCAUUUUCAGAUUGUUAAUAAUAAGGUUAGCUUAUUAUAUCGUGAACCAAAACAGUCAAAAAACAUGUAAGCAAAAGGUCAACAGGUUUAAUGUCAAACGAUGAAAACACUGAAAACAUAGAUAGAACACGUAGAUAAGAUGCGACAGUUUAAUCUGUAACUUCAUGUCUGACGAUCAUUGACCAGACGUUUGCUUUAGCUCUGUCCUCAUAUGUUCAGGUGGUCAAAGUUGAACAAAAUCCUCGUGAUUAAGUCAGAAAUGAGCUCUGAAGACCAAAACUGAUGGUACCAGACUGUAAACAUGUUUGUUUCUGCUGAAAAAGUGAGCGUUCAAACCUUAGAGCUCAUGAUGUUUCAGAUAAAUUCAAGUCUCAAAGUGAGAUGUUAUCUCUGAGACAUUAUAAUGACAUUAUUUCAGAGAACUCCACCGGAUCAGGUCUGAGUGUUUGCAGCUCUUCUCUUCGGUGAAUCUUGCUCCAUGUGGGGAAACUUUGCCGCCACUUUCCAACCCAAAACUAAAUAACCGUGAAAACUUUCUCAGGGAUGAAACAUUUUAUUUCUUUAUGUUAAACAGACCUUAUAUAAAAAGUCAGAGCUGAGUUUUCCUCGUGACGGUCCCUCUGACUGUUAGUAAUCUGCUGCUGAAGCCAGUGGAGCAGGACCUCCGUGUCACGCCCGGCUUAGAGCUCCAGAGCACCUGAAGAGGCCUGGGAGUGUUGACCAUAACACAGCCAGCGGGUCAUGUGACAGCGCAGGUGGCAGCCAGCCAUGACUUUGUGCUGUAGCCAAACUCCACAGUGACCCAGAGAGUUAGCGGAGCUGCAGGAGGCCCGGCUAAUUCUUGUCAGGAGGAGGCCUGUCGCCCAGCCGCCCAGCCGGCCCGGAGCGGCCAAACUUCUCCUCCUUCCAGCACAUUUAACAAGCGAACAUUCCUUCACUCUGAACUUUUCGAGGUUUUCACAACUUUGUUCUCAAAGACGGUGGACGUUUUCAGCUGUCUGCUCUGCUUACAGUUAAACAAAACCAGAGUUUGGGGUAAAAAUCCACUUAUCUUUCUACCUUAAACAUGUUUUCAUCCGUUUUGAACCUUCUGCAGCACGCAGACCGGUGACAUUAUAUCCUUCAGACUCCUCUUUUUUGCCGCCCUCUGUCUAAAUCCCUGAAAAUCAUUUUGUCCCUGAAAGAUUUUUAUUUUCUGAUUAAAAAGAAACAAAACUCUUCUACUUCUUAUGUUUUUGCAACACAACGCAGAGAUUUUGUCUUCCAACUUGAGUUUUAUUUGUUCGUUUGUCUCAUAAAAACAGGAGCAGAAACCUGCUGAUAUCAUGCUCUCAGCAGGGAGCUCGUACAAUCUGACAGCAGGAGGUUGUUGUUUGCAUAAUCCUAUUUUAACUGAUCCAACAUUAAAUCCAUUAGAGCUACAGAUGUCCUAAUACUCAUGUUUUAAAUAGCAAUUUAGCUAACAGACGAUUUGGAUUCCAGUGUUUGUUUUACUUUACUAUUAUUUCUAUUUUUGUUGGUGUUUUUAAAAUGAGUUAUUAUUGGAUGAAGUGAAACAGUGAUGAGCCGUCCCUCAUAAACAUGCGUUUGUGUUGAAUGUCAGAGGAAUGACCUGAAAUCAUGUCCUUACUGUCCAGGAUUAAUCUGAGGUAAAGUCACUUUACUGCAGCUCCAAACAGAGGAGCUGACCUCUGUGUCGGAAAAGUCUGUCUCUGUGUCUCAAACAUCGACUGUAUAUAGAAUGGACAGAGUCUGCCUCCUUACUGAGUGAAACCACUCCGAGAACAGCACCCUCUGGUGACGGACUGCAGUAUAGUUCAUAAAUCCCGCCUCCUCCAGCAAUCCCUAUGAAGCUGUGAACAAACUUUGAAAAUUAAUGACACAAAAUAUAAAUGUUUCUCCCCCCUGGUUGUGAUGUUGACAUGUAGUUACUGUCAGACUGGUUUGUGCUCAAGUCCUCUUUUUUCUGUACAGCUCUAUUUUUAAAAGUUAUUCGGGGGUUCAUGUUUUCUAUGAUUGACACUUGAUACAGCCUAUGCGAGUACGAAGAUUGCGUCGCUCACCGGGGGAUACGCUGUUUCAGCCGAGCGUCAUCACAGCGACUCUCCUGCCGAAUGCGUACAACUCUACUGCGCAAUGUUGGUUUCAGGAAAUGGAGAAAAAAACAGAAUUACUGAGAGCUUUUUGGCUUCAAAUCCGUAUACUGGCGGAAAGCAGAACCAAGUUGUCUGUUGUAUAUACAGUCUAUGGCCUCACCUGACCGUAGAAUGUAAACAUGCACUUUAGUUGUGACACAGCUGCCUUUACAGAUAACCAGAAAUCCCUCUUAAAAACUCCUGCUGCUUUUUAGAUUUGCAGAUGAGCAUUAUUCCCUGACAAAGACAUCCUGUUUAAACUUCCCAAGCUCUUCCUUUAAAGUUUUUUAUGAUCAUUUGGAGGGUGGGAAAGGGAACUGAAAAAGAGAAGGGUGAGUAAAGAGUCCGAUAAUUACAUCCUGGGAAUAAAAAAGUGGACAGAAGUGAACCUGCACAUCCAGCAGACACGCUCAUCUUUAACACGCUGAUUUAAUUCUACAGUUUUCAUGUUAACUGCUGACACCACAGCGUGAGAUCUUUGGCAGGCCUCUAAAGAGAGGAUCGAUGAGGAAUAAGUGGAAUAUUUGGAGCCUGUUGGAGCUCGACUUCAGUCUGACUUUCAAAGGAAUACAGUAUCUUUCAGAGCGAGGGCGUGUUCAUGCCACAUAAAUCAGCGCUGCUCUACCCCUAAAGAUAAAACACCGUAUAAUCUGCCUGUUUCCCUCCACGCCAUCCUCACUCUCCUCCAACUGCUGUCCAGCCUUUUCAUUGGCUGACUCUCCCACAACUUUCCAGCAGACCCGCCCACAUCUGAAGGCAGCUCUGGGUUUACUGAUAGACGCUCAAACCUCAUGUCGCUCUAUUUUUGAGACUGACCUCAUGGAGGAAGUUCCACGACAGCUCUGAAACCAGCUCGCCAGUGACUUUUAAGUGGCUUUUGUCUCCGGGCCAGCAUGAGACAGAGCCGGCUUUCAUGAGCGCCUGGCUGGGCUGAUGCAGGUCCUCCCUCGGCUCUCUGGGGGAAACAUGGUGCCGGGUGUUCGAGUCUGGGCGUAAUUAACCCGGGAACUCAUAAAGAGGCGUUCACUCCUCGUGCCAGCUCCUGUCGGGCAGCUGCUCCAGAUGUUUUCCGUUAACAUGCAAGCAAUACCAGACAAUUCAAGGCGUGCUACACCUACAGUAUACACAAUGCUGCAGUGUGCCGAGGCUCUGUGAAAGAGCAGCAGGACAAAGAGCGUUAGCGUCGCAGAAAGGUUGUCUCACAAAUGUGCUGGACUUGUUAAAAGACCGACAGGAAACACAUUUAUUAGUUUGGAGGUCUGGUUCAGCUGCAAACCAACAAACCAGGUUUCAUGAGUUUAAACCCUCCGGCUGUUUGUGAUCAAAUGUUUUCACAGACAGAAACAUGAGGCGGAGGGUUUCAGAUAACUGGAGAGUGUUGAACUACUGUGGUUGAAAAGUAGAGACCACUUUAGCUGUAUGAAAGACUGCUAUGAAGGUUCGUGGAGACUGUCCGAAGAAACAGACAAACGUUAAACUACUGGACCUCAUUUUCAGGAUUUAAUGUAACUACAGUCAGUCCAGCAGAAUUCCAAGAUCAGAAUUCUAAGAUUGAAGUUAAAAUUCCAAGAUCAAAGGCAGAAUCAAAGGCUGAGAUCAAAGGCGGAAUUCUGAGAUUUAAAGGAGAAUUCCAAGAUCAAAGACAGAAUUCUACGGAAUUCUAAGAUCAAGGCGGAAUUCUGAAAAAUGCAUUCUAGAACUUAAACGGUUCAACUUGGACGGCCCCAAAUGGAGUAGGGGGUGUCCGCAGAUCCACAAACAUGACAGAUGAACAACCCUCUUUUUAACUGCUGUUCCACAUCUGCUUUUGUGCCCAGAAAUUUAAUUUAAUAAACAGGUUAAUAAAUAAAUAAGUGACCACAGUCACAUAUUAUUAUCGAUUAGAAAUAAAAAGUCUUUGAAAUUUUUGAAUUUGUGAAAAGUGUUCAAUUCUUGGGACUCAGCUCACUUUCUUUCAAGGAUUUGACUUUUUUUUUUUAAAUAAAUAAGUGCCUAGAGUCAAAGAUUUAGUUAUGAAUCUAGAUUUUAUUAUUUUUACAUAUUUUUACUUAUCACCUUUUUGUGUAUUGUCUGUCAACCUACAAUAUUUCUGGUUUAUUCUACCAAAAUAUCUCCUUAUCUUAUCCCAAUAUCAGAGGGAUUGGCCUCGUUUAUAUACUCUUCAUUCCUGUGCGAUGAUUUUAACUCCCUGAAUACAAUAGUUUGUCUCUGCAGAGCCGAUGAAUCUGAUAUUUUGUGUGUUUUUCUCGUAUAUUUUCAGGUGUAAUCUCAUGCACACUAUAAGUCAUCGCUCUUCUGUUUCAUUCACGACAAUGCUAGUAGCCUACGGGUCAAAUAGUACAUUGCUGACUUCCCACAAGCUAAUGUUAGCAUUAGCUUGACUGAGAUUUGAUGUUCAUUUCAGACUAUCAUGGAAAAUGGAUUGGGAAAAAUGUCAUAGAAGGAGCCUGUCACAUUGACAUUUAUUUCUCUGUCAAAUUCAAGACAACAGUUUUAUUAAUGACUAAAAAUUGUGUGAUUCACGUUUGAUACUUGAUCAUGAUGUCACUCUAUUCGAUAAUUUCCGAGAUAGAAGCAGCAAGAACGGGCGGUCACGUGUUUCAGGUUGUGGAUUUGUCAUGCAAUGACCUACUCCGUCCAGCAGGGGCGCAGAGAGGGUUGUGGAUCUGUCACGGUUGUGAAUCUGCUUGGCUCUCCGGCUCUGCAGACAUGUACUUUUGCCCAAAUAUCCUCUGUAGUGAUAGCAACCCAUGUGCAUAAUAACUGUGUAUGUUCUUCAUCACAACGGUGUACUAUCAAAAAAUAACAGACUGUUGUGAUGGAGCAUUGACCAAUCAGAAUCUAGAAUUUAACACAGCCGUGUAAUCGGGUUAACUCGUGUGCUGAUGUUACGCCAAAGUAGAACUGAACAAGACAGUCUAAUUUUGUCAGCCCUCACAGUCGUAGUAAGCCAUCAGCUCUGUGGAGGAGAAAGUGUUCACAGCCCUGAAAAGUGAAGUGAGAAAGUUGGCACCACUGCUGACUGUCACCUGUGUGUCUAUUUAAAGAGCAGGAAGAGAGGGAGGGAGGCGGCUGUAGUCACUGAACGCCAGAGAAGUCAUUUUUAUUUGACGAGUAAAGUGGAAUCUGACAGGUGACACGGGGAGGAAGUCAAGAUAAGUAACUAAAUAUAUAGAAACACAGCAAAUAUUCCAACAGCUGAAAAAACAAAGUUUUAAACCCUGACCUUGACAUACUUGAACUUUCAUCUUUCAGCUGCAGAUAAAAAACUAAUAUUUACUGACCCAGUUAUAAGUCUGUCUGUGAUGGAUCUGUCCUCUGGUGUUAUCGUCAGCAGAUUGAUAAUCGUAUGAACUCAGUGACUAAGCAUAACAAAGUAACAUGAAGAGACUUUGGCACAAACUCAGUCAAAUCUUCUUACUCAGCAGGUAGCUGAGCAGAAGCUGGAGCGAUGACCUGCAGGCCGCUGCAUUUCCACUCGAACAGACGAUAUACGGUACAUUUGCACGCAGUGACUGAUGGUUUUGUCCUCUUCGCUUUCUCUCUGCAGACAUUCACAGCUUGGUGCAACUCUCACCUGAGGAAAGCAGGCACACAGAUCGAGAACAUCGAGGAGGACUUCAGAGACGGACUGAAACUCAUGCUGCUGCUGGAGGUCAUCUCAGGUAAGCAGCACCUGACUUAACGGGAUUAUUAGGAUGGCGAAGUUUGCGUGGGCCGAGUGUGCUUCACGCUGAGUUUGGAUACCAGGAUCGGCUUCUGAGAGAGGGUUUGACAUUUUAGGAAAUACGCCAGUCUGCUUUUGCAGAAGUUUCACUGAGGAGAUUUAGAGAAAGUCCUUCAGAUGAGUCAGAGAAUCAGAUAUGACUGAGGUAGAAACACGCUGAAGGUGUGAAGGUGAAGGAAAGAUGGAAAAGGACACAUUAAGUUGUAUUUACAGACACUUUUAUAUUACUUAUAAUGUCACAGAUGUAAUUAGUCUAAUGUUUAAAACUCUUUGACGCGUUUGUACUGUUUCAUGUUUGUAUCCAGAGUGAAUGUCAAAUAAUUCGUGAACAUGUCCACCCCAUCACCCUCUUUUCUCAUCUCUUCUCCAGGUGAAAGAUUGGCUAAACCAGAGAGAGGCAAGAUGAGAGUUCACAAGAUCUCCAACGUGAACAAAGCGCUCGACUUCAUCGCCAGCAAAGGAGUCAAACUGGUGUCUAUUGGAGCAGAGGGUGAGAGAUGUCGCUGUAUCUGUCCUUGAAUAAUCCUCAUUUACAGAUUUUAUAUUAAAAUCUAAACUCAGGGGUUUGGAUUUUAGUAAAGGAGGUGUUCAGGUUUACGUUAUAGUCCGAUGUUCAAUGACCAAUCAGCUGUAGAGUGUUCAGUACAAGUGAAGUGAGACAUGGGUCCACUCUGGAGGGAAUCUUCAGACCGUUUAUUUCUCUCUGUAAACACAGAUCUGUGUGUAAUCUAUUCUAGUUACAACAUUUAUACUGAGAUGCUGUGUUUGACACCAUGUUACAAAAGUCAGACAGUGUUUAGAUUUCCAAGUGUCCUUGAAUGCACCACAAAUGAUGGAUCUGACCUCCACUGAACAAACAAGUGAAAAGUUUUAUUCUGUUCUAUUCUUAUUCUUCAUUUUAAAGACAGUUGGACUUAACAGCAAAUUUAACUUAGUGUGACUGUUUCACUCACAUUUACGACUAAAAAUAGAUGUGUGCGAAUUGUAAAAUGUAUUUAGGGUCACGUGCGCAUAAAAAAAUCAGAUGAGGCAACAAAUGUUUUUUCAUUCUAAUAUGGCGGUGAAGUUAGUUUCAGGUUGGAUAUAUUUUCCUGUAAAUACGGCGGUGAAGUUAGUUUUAGGUUGGAUAUAUUUUCCUGUAAAUACGGCGCUGAAGUUAGUUUCAGGUUGGAUAUAUUUUCCUGUAAAUACGGCGGUGAAGUUAGUUUCAGGUUGGAUAUAUUUUCCUGUAAAUACGACGGUGAAGUUAGUUUCAGGUUGGAUAUAUUUUCCUGUAAAUACGGCGGUGAAGUUAGUUUUAGGUUGGAUAUAUUUUCCUGUAAAUACGGCGGUGAAGUUAGUUUCAGGUUGGAUAUCUGACGGACAUUCUCUGAGGAUCUACCGGUGUCUUCUCACUCUCCAUAACCGGGAAUAACAACAGCAGCGCGGUUAAAUCUACUCGACACCCUCACUGUCAACGUCCAUGUUGAAUAAGGGACCGUCAAUAAAUUACCGGUUGAUGUUCUCAGAAAAGGCUGUUUUCCUUCAAUAGCUUCACUGUCAUGUGACCAAAAGACCUAAAAUUAAUUCCAAAUAUUAGCCUAAUAAGGUCAGACGAUAAGACACACCUCUGUAUUUCUCUAAUUUGUCCUCUAAAAAUGUUUGUGUUAAAUUUAAAGGCAAAUUUUGAACAUUUCCUUUAAUAGCUUCCAUGUCAUGUGACCAAAAGACCUAAAAUUGAUGUCAAAUAAUAGUGCUUAAGUUGACCAAUAAGACAAACAUUAUUUGAUCGAUUUUCAUUUUGCCCCUAAAGUUCUUUGUCCUCCUUGUGGAAAAGUUUGCGUCAAACCCUGCUUUAGUUCAAAGUUAAUGGACCGUCACUCUUUCAGGGUUAAUACCACCGAAGACGACUGAAGCUUCAUUGUAGGUUUCUACAGUGAAACUGAGACCUCACAGAAACAGAUGGUGAUGGUCUUCAUAGAUAUUAGAAACUGUUAAUUGCAGUAAUUUAGAUCUUUCCAACCAUUUAAGACCUCCUCUAGGUUUGUUCAAUGAUCAGAUCAUCACCUCCGGAUUUCAGUGAGACCAUCAGCCAGAUCAAUAUCCGGGAUUCAGCUGUGAACAUUUUAAAACCCUUGGCUUCCUCCCUCUCUUCCUCCCUCUCUCUCCCCCUCUCUCUCUCUCUCUUGCUGGGCUGUUUAAUGAGAUCCUUACUUCAGAGUCCUGCGGCGGAGGUUGUGCUUCGCGGUGCAUUUUCUCCGAGUAGAUUUCAGGAUCAGCAGCUCCCUCCGGGCCCGAGCUGCUCAUUGUUCAGCACAAAUAACUCGGGGAUGUCCGUCCUCCUCCCAUCAGAGAGUAAACAGCUCUUUAGUCGAGUAAACUCCCUCCCUCCCCCUCCUCACCCCCUUCCUCUCACUCUCACUAUCUGUCUACUUCCCUCUCUCAGAGCUGCUCACACUCCUCUGGUAUUUUCUGGAACAGAAACAGAACCGAGUCUAAUAAGUUAUUCCAACAUAUUUGAGGCUCACUGAAGACUCGAUCCGCUCCUCCAAAUAAAGGCUCCUCUUACUCCACAAGAAGAAGAAGAAGAAGAAGGAGAAAAUGGUGGAAGCUCUGCUGAAUAUUUUAUGAUGUUUAUAUGUGGGACAAAGACGGGUCCAUGCACCUUUUAUUUCUGUUUGCUCGUCCUGACAGGUAGAUGAGACUAAAAUCACAAAAACAUGGAGAAAUAUUAAUUAAAUUCAGGUUGUAAAACUUAAUUUUGCUGCUUUGUUAAUGAAAUUAAUCAAAACAAACAGAUUUUCUCAACUUUUCUGCUCAAAAAGAACAAAAUCAUCUUAAAAAGGAGAUUUUCUGCAGAGGCUUGAAUCAAAGAUUUAAGCAGGAGCAGCAUUCCAGACAGAUUAGCCGCCUGGUGGAGCGACCUGCAGCCCUGCAGCCGAGCAUGCUGGGAGGCUGGGAUGAGACUCAGGUUCAUGGGUCUCAUUUGGGGGUUUGUUUAGGGUGCAGGGGAGGGGGGAUGGAUGGUGUUCACGAGGACUAAUCUCGGCAUAAAUCAGCGUGUGUCGGCCUCACAGGGAUUCCUCCGCCUCCCGAUUGAGGCGUCUUUCACGGCGCGUUUCACGUCCAGACAUCUGACAGUCACAGUUAGUCCGUCACAGCCCGGCGUCCCGGCAGCGUGCGUUAUUGGAUUAGAGAGAGAGAAACGGAUGAUUGUUGAAGGGCGAGCAAACAGGGCGAGCUUUUAAAGGGAUUUUCAUUACGGACAACACAAAAGAGGAACAAACAGGCCGUUCAUUCACAGCAUCAAAGCGGAGCUGACGUCCAGAUUAAGAGUUUGAGGGCCUGAGUCACGGUUCAUUCAGAGGAGAACUUUAUUACUCGCUGAUUCAGACCAGGGCGGAGUGUGACCGCAUGUUUUCACCACGAAUCAACAGAUUAUCUGACUGUGGAAGUUCCUGACUGGAGCUUUAACAGAGAGCAGAAAUAACCUGCUGAGUUUGAACAUCAGUGCUGCGGUGACUAACCUCCAUAUUACGUUGGUUUUGGCGCCCCCUGUGGUAGAGCUGCUCUGGUUACAUUCACAGCUGUUAAAAAUGAUUAUUACGCGUGUUUAGACGUCUGCAUCUUUUCAACUUUUCAAAUUAAAACCUCUUUAGAAACAAAUAUUUCUAAUCUCUGAUCGGUUUAUUCAAUUAAAUCUUUAAUAUUGAGCUGAUUAACAGAAACAGGAUUUAAAACUUCAGGAAUUAAAAGAUUCAAACUCUGUUAAAAACAUUAGGAGUGACUCCAGUCUGCCUCGUGUGGUGGAAACGAGUAUGACAGUGACAAAAACAAACUUUAUUUUUUACAACUUUAGCUGUUCUCACGAUUUUCAGCCUGUUUACACGUAUAAAAAAUCAACUUAAAGACAGAAUUCAUGAGGAAACUAGUUUGUCUGUUUUUUAUUUUUAUCAAAUCAAACCCAAAAAAGUUUUUAAAGAUUGUACUGAUGAAUGUUUUCUUUCUUUUUUUUUUUUUCUUUUUUGCUCACAGGAGCUUUAAUAAUAACAAAACAUACCUGCUUGUACAUUACUACUUUUGCAGAUGAGUCCUGACAGGAGUGUGAAUACUUCACUGUGAAUGUUAGAGCCUGAAGAUUUCUCUGUUCGUCAGUUUUCAGCCUGAUGUGACUUUUUAUCACAAAGAAGUCGGUGUUUUUCCUCUGUCAGGGACACAUUAUUUUUUUUAUUUUAUUUUUUAUUUUAUUUUUUUAUUUAACAACAAAACAGUGUGACAACAACAACAGAAACAACAACAAAAAAUAAAAAAUAAAAAAAUGUACAAAAAUACUUUUGUGAGGGAGGGGAGGGGGAAAGAAUUUAUAUAAUAUGUAAAAGAGAAUUUGACAAGUAAAAGAUGAAUGAAUGAUGAAUGUUUUCUUGUCUGAUUUGGUAAAUUUAACGUUUAAGAUCCUAAAAUUCGAUGUUUGUUGUUUUUCCUUCUUUCAGAGAUCGUAGACGGAAACGCUAAGAUGACCCUGGGAAUGAUCUGGACCAUAAUCCUUCGCUUCGCCAUCCAGGACAUUUCAGUGGAAGGUAUACAGACAGACUUUUCACGUCUGUUUCUCUUGUACAGUCGAAGUUAAAACUCGUUCAUUUUAUUCUGAGACCGCUCUUUUAUCAGACGGAGGAGAUCUCUUAUAACCUGUUUUAUCAUCUUUGGAGUUUGUCGCACAAACAUCAGAUCAGUCACACAGACGGCUCAUUCACACCACCUCCUCUUAAUCCAGCUCUAAUCCAGCAGCGAGCCCUUUCAAAAUAAAAGCCUGAUCGUUUCUUCUCUCCCUCACGCCCGCAGAGACGUCCGCCAAAGAAGGCCUCCUGUUGUGGUGCCAGAGGAAGACGGCGCCGUACAAGAAUGUCAACAUCCAGAACUUCCACAUCAGGUGAGACUUCAGGAGGAAUAAAUCUCUGCGUUUUCAUUUAUUUUGGCGGUUUUGUUGCACGCUUCAUUCGACCACACAGAGCUGGUAGGUCUCCCCCCCUUUGUCUUCCUGUCUUUGAAUCCUCUGAGUUCAGUCAGACCUCAUCACAGGGGGCCUCCUCCACACCUGCUGAAUUAUUGAGAGGAACCACACAGAGCCCCUCAGAUGUGGAUGAAAGUGGAGGAGGUGGAGGUGAGGUCACUUCAGGAGAGAGAGGAGGAUCAUCAGAGCAGACCUUUGAUGAUCUCCCUCUGUCAGAGACGAGAGCGGCACGCUAAAGUCAGGAGACCAGGAGACCAGGAGGAGCUCAGGGACUGUUUAAGUCCGGCUCUCAGAGUCACCUUGUAAAGCUCCUCUCGCACAUUAAAGGAGCUUUUAGUCGCUCAUUUAUUUUAACGACCGUCGGACUAACGUGCCACCUGAGGAGGAGCAGAGAGCUGCAGUAAAUCCUGCCGCGGUGCACUCAGAGCGCCGAGGCCGCCGAUCAAUAAAACCCGGGCUAAAAAUACACCGAACAUCUGAGCAAACAUCAUCGAUCUGAAGGAAGAGUUUCAUUUAACCUUCAUGAACUCUGAGCCGAGCCUCAAAUACAGACGAUUUUCACUUUGAAGAUCUGUAAAUAUGUGCACACAGAUCUGUGAACGGAGACGAACUAAAAAACAGAAGAUUACAAACUUCACUGUGGGACAAACAUCAUCUGAGCUGUAAGAACGUCUGUAAAUGAGACGUUUUGAAGAUGCGUUUGAUCGACAAACAUUGGUACGAGCAGCUGAAGUGAAACGUUUCUCAACCUCAGAUGAAUUUAAGUUAUUGUUCUAAUUCUGGCGCACAAAUGUUGAUCUACAGUCAUCGUCCCAAAUAAGAAAAACAAAAAACUCUCUACUGUCUGAACUGAAGCGCUCUGACCAUCACAUACUGACCGCUGCAGCUCCUCACAGUCAGACCUCUGCAGAUGAUCCAGAGCAAAACCUGACUUCUUACUGACAAAACAGCGACAAUAACAGCUCCUCCUCCUCCUCUCCACCUGGAGUCCCUCACCUGGGUCUUCUGAUGAUGGCGUCGACCGUGAUGAUGGAAACGUCGCUCUCUCAGUGAAAAGUCCGAUUCCUCAUCUUCUCUGUUUCUGUGUUUCAGCUGGAAGGACGGUUUGGGUUUCUGCGCUCUCAUCCAUCGACAUCGUCCAGAGCUCAUCGACUACGGAAAACUGAGGAAGGUCAGUCGGUGUUUCCUGAUACUCGUACAAGUGUACCCGUGUGAACUCAAGAUACCUCCCUGAAAUCUUUCCUUCUUUCGCUCUGAAGCCUUGAUAGUCUGACAUGAAACAAAAAAAGACAAAUUUCAUUCACUAAUUUAGCGAAAACAGGAUGUUUCAAACCAAAACAAAAAACAAUCUGUGACUAUUAAAGAUGAUCCUCUAAAUAUGUCGUUUAUAAAAGGCUUCAGUACAAUAUAAAGUGGAAACAAAUGCUGUAAAAGAUUAAGAUGUUGGUUUAAAGAGCACAUUUUAAGAAUCUUUAUUCAUUCAUGAAGUUAUAAAAGGUUCAAAUUUCAGAGUUUGUCCUGAUAAAUCGUUAAAAACAGCCGAGAGGAAGAAAACGACUGAUAUUCCUUCAGCCGCAGUAAAAAUGAGACUCAUCCUGAAGACGGAUGACUCACCUGUCCUCGCCCUGAAUAUAAUCAUCAAAUCUGCUGCUAAAAAUAGAAGAAAUAAGAAGCUGAAUUAGACUGAAUCUGGAUGCUGCUGUUUCAUAGUUUUCAGAGUAAAGGUGUUGAUGUUCUGCUGUCCACAGGACGACCCCAUGACCAACCUGAACACGGCCUUCGACGUGGCCGAGAAAUACCUGGACAUCCCCAAGAUGUUGGACGCAGAAGGUGAGCAGGACGAGGUUUUUCUUCACCCGUGUUUUAAAAGUGUCAGAAAGGUCCUUCCAGGUCACAGACCGGGUCUGAAACGACCUGCAGUCUGACGGCCCCGCCCGUCCUCCUGCAGCCAUUAUCCAGGUGUGCACAGGUGUGAAAGAGGGCGGGGGACAUUCCUCAGAUUCCUCCUGAUGCUGCGCCGCAUGUUCGGACAGGAAGGCUCUGAAAGACGGGGUGAGGAGGACCCUGACACAGAGACGAGUGACCUGCUUACUAUAAACACGAUAAAACCCAGGAUGCCGUCCCUGUAAACCACCUCUGCAGUCCUCUGAGACUCACUGACUCACUCUUUAAUUCACACACUGUAAACACACAUUUCUCACUCUCACAUGAGGAGGUUCAAGCCUCUGACAUUCUCCCUCAUUUGUCAGGUAUGUUUCCUCUCAUGGAGGUGCGCUCAGACUGCAGGAGGGUUCAGAUCCAGACAGAAACCAGGACCAGGUCCCAGACAUGAGCACAGAUCUGAAAAUACACAUUUAUCACAAACUACAGGAGACUGUAAAGGUUUUUGUCUUUGUUAGGGAGGAAACAGCAGAGGGGGUUUUACUCAGAAUCAGGUUUAAACGAAGUCCAGAACUCUGCAGUCUGAGCCAGCUUCAUCGUCCCCUUUUUUAUGGGUUUAAAGGGAUAAAAUUAAUUUACAUCUUUUUAACUUUGACUAAUUUCUUUAGCAAAGAGACCAAACACAACUCACCUACUCUCUUCCAGCAGCCACUUGUUUGUCGCAAGACCUCGGGCCAGUCCAUUAGAGACUACAGCGGGGUGCCGCAGCUCAAGGAAGAACAUUUAUGAUCAUUUCUUCAUGGAAAUACAAUCAGACUGAGACGCUAAGACAGAAGAACUACAGCGUCUGUAAAAUGAUUAAUAUGGUGAUUAUUACUUCAAGGAAAUGAUAAAGAAAUGAUCGUAAAUGUUCUUCCUUGAGCUGCGAAACUCCGCUGUAGUCUUUAAUGCACUGGCCCGAGGUCUCGCUACAAACAAGCGGCUGCUGGAAGAGAGUAGGUGAGUUGUGUUUGACCCUAAAUUAAUUUAACGCCGGAAUAUCCCUUUGGAGGUUUUUCUAAAAUAUGUUUUUUUUUUCUGUGUUCGAGACUCUAAAUCCUUCUUCUCAGCACAUCUGGACGGUGACUCUGUGAGCUCCUCGUCUAGUUUGGAUAUUUUUAUGUCUCUUAAUUCAUCUGAUAUUUGUUUAACACCUCCACCUCCUCCAUCCCUCCAUCCCUCCAUCCUCCACCCUUCCCUCUGACCUCCUCUCUCCCCCGCAGACAUUGUGGGCACUGCCCGUCCGGACGAGAAGGCCAUCAUGACCUACGUCUCUAGCUUCUACCACGCCUUCUCCGGCGCCCAGAAGGUAUCCUGGAUGCAGCGUCUCCCUCCUCCCUCCUCCUCCCUUGUUUCCUCCUCCCUUGUUUCCUCCUCCCUCGUUUCCUCCUAACAGUUCCCUUCUCUCUGCAGUGCUCCACGCCCCCCACUGGGGUCACUCUCCUUCACUUUCCGCAUGGUUCACAACACCAAAUGCAUGAUGGGAUGACAGCUGUGUGUACUUAGAGGCAAUGAGCUCAAGUCUAUCUCCAGUCUACCUGGUCGCAGGUGGUCACAUGACUCUUUGGAACCAAUUAGCCUGACGUUUAAUGAAAUGAGGGGAAGUGCGGAUAGACCAUCUAUCUAUCUAUGCUAAAGAUAUUGAGCAUAGAUGUAAAUGUAGAUGUUCUUUAUUUUUACAGCCCUUUACAACAGCUCUGUCAGUGAACCGAAGGGCUUUACAAUACAUAGUAAAUAAAAAUGAAUAAAAGCAGUAAAAAUAAGCAAAAGAAUAAGAUACAAUGCAAUAAAAUAAAGUAAAAGUGUCACCACGCGACACAUAAAUAUGUUUUCAGUCGAGAUUUGAAAAGGCCCGGGUCAGAAAUAAGUCACAUUUCGAUGAGGAACUGCAACUGAAAAGGCAGAUAUCAAGAGUCCAGGACAGGCGAAACUGUUUUCUCAGCAGGUGCAGCACAUUUCGUUUAAGAUUUAAAGCGUUAUCAAGCGAGAUAUCCGGGUUUUAUAAGCGUGCCACUAAAAAAAGCUUCAUCUUCUCUGAACUGAGAGUCGACUUCAGCUCUGACAGUUUAUUCUGAACAAAUGCAAAUAUCCAACAGCCUGUCCGAGACGGAUGCACAACAGUAAACAAGAGUGUCGUCAGCGUAAAGAUAGAAUCAGCCUCUCCAGGUUAUUUGAAUAUAUGAUAAAAUAUAAAAACGAUAAACAAAUGAGGACCGAGUAUCGAGCCCUGUGGAACUCCUCUGUGAAGAUGUGAUAUCAGAGUCCAGACCAGGGGUGGGCAAAAAAAUAUUGACGUCCGAAAUAAUCGCACGAAAAAAACACUCCCGGUGUGUGAGGACCUUUAGAGUCUAAACUUCAUAGUCGUCUGUCUGAAGCUCUUCUCUCUGGACUCCGUAUGAUCACGGUCCAGAUUAGAAAAGAAAUGAAAGUGCUGGACUGGACGUCCUCUGUUCGAUAAUGACUCUUUCUGAGUGUAAUAGACACAUUUAAGCCCAGCAGGAACUCUUUAACCCAGACUGGAGGAGUCAGAGCGUCAGUUUGGAUCACUUCAGAGGCCCCAGCAGCAGAGAAAACGCUUCGACACAGCUGUGUUUAAGCAACUCUGAUCAAAAAUGUCUGUGUUUAUAACUGAGAGAGGAAGGGGGGGGUCUGCGGUACUUAGAGAAGAGAAACCACAGCUGGACAUGAGAUCGCAUCAGAGAUCUGAGAGGUGUGAGACGAGACGGGGAAGUCAUCCUUCCUUCCAAAAUACAUGAUAUCACAGUCUCGACGCCGAAGACGCCCUUUUCUGGCAGUUAGGAGACGAAGUAUCGAGGGAAAAAAACCCCAAAACAAAACAGAGAGGGGCCGAUCAUAUUACCAAAAUAUCUGACAGCCCCACUUCCAAAACAUCUGAGACAUGGUGUGAGCGAAGAGGCAACGAGACGCAGAAAAAACAUGACCGGACGUUCAGAGAGGCGGAGUCUCUGAGAAGGAAAAAGGGAAGAGGUUCAACAGUCUGUGAGAGACCGCGUGAGAGUUUCAGAAUAAAGUUCCUGAGUGGAUUUCAUCUUUCAAAGACCCUCAGACGGCUCUGCGUUAGAAACAGACUCGACUCUGAAGUGGGAGUCUCUGCAUCCUUAAAAUCAUGAUAUUCAAACAGAAAUACUUGAGAGUUCUAACGGGCCGAAACUUGUUUAAAACGGACUGAGGCGAAGUAGAAACCGGUCCUGUGGUUUGAAGGAUCAGAGUUUGACAUCCUGCAAUCCGAGCCAUCAGAAUCCAGGAUAACUUUUACGACAGAAUGACAAAAAGUGACUAAAAUGUCGAUGAAAAGCAACAUAUUGUAGAUAAAUAGAAAAAGACAGUUUCAUCAAAAUACAAACAUCUAAAUAAAAGACAAAUUUUGGGGGAAUAUUUUUGUUUUUUAAAGAGGAUCGUCCGUUUAAAGUCUGAAAAGUCCUCCGGUCUAAGUCACUUCCCCCUCAAACAAGACCUAACCCCCCUCAGACGCACCAACAGGCAGACUGGAGAUGACUUGCGCCCCUCACUGUUGCCUCCUCUUGUGAUUACGCCCCCUGCUGGCUCCUUUUGUCUCUGCACUCUUUUACUCUUGUGCAUUUUCUCUCUCUCUUUUUCUCUGUCCUCUCCCUCUGUUUGUUCCCUGGGCAGACAUCAUUAGCACCUUGAGGCCAGAUGAGAAGGCCGUCAUGACUUAUGUGUCGUGUUACUACCACGCGUUCUCAGGCAAGCAGAAGGUGAGCAACAAAAGCCGACGAAACAAAAGCAAAAAAAAAAGCCUCCAAACAGAAAGACGAUACCUGCCAGAGAGCGGCUGGCGAGGGAUGAGAAAUCAGUCUGGGUCGUUUGUUGCCAGCAGUCUUUGUUUGGCUGCUCACAAUAGAGAGCUGCAAUUUGUCUCGACAACCCGGUUUGAUACAGAAAACCACAAAGUCAGGCGACGCCACACAAGUUAUUCUGCUUUUUUGCAACAACAUCAUUCAUAAAAAAAGAAAUUAUGCGAUAUUGGGAAAUUAUGAGGCCGUCUAAUUCAUGCAACAGAGGCUGCGAACUGCUCUGGAGGGGAAACACCACGUCUUAAAAUGCAGCAUCAGACGGUUAAAAGUGAAUGUGGAGCAUCAGGGUGGAGAAACUAAAGAGUCACGGUUUUUAAGACCCCUGUUUCUCAAAUGAAAUCCACACCAGAGCUGUUAAGUGGAUCCCAAUAAAGAUAAGAAGUACAGGAGACUGAGCUUGUUUCCUGUGUGUGCGAUAAGUCCAUUAUUCUCAUGAGUGGAUUUGCUGUGACUCUGUAUUCUCCUGAGAGUGGAUGAAGUAGAUCAGUGGUUCCCAAUUUUCCCAUGGACCUAAAGUCGCCACCCACUUUUAUAAAAUUCAAACCAAGAAUAUAAAUUUCUUAUAAAAAAAAAACCUUCAAAGACUUAUUUUAUUGAGUUAAGUGCAUUGCAGAGCACAUGAACUGAAGACGGCAACUACCGAAGUUUCGCGUACAGAAAAUAUCGAAUCGCACAGAAUGGAGACCAGCAAAGUGAAAAAUUGGACUUAUUUGGAUCCCUGCAUUCAGAGCAGAUUCAGAAAAACCUGAGGAGGACAAAAGUCAAUAAUAAAGACCAUAAUGCGUGCCUUUCAAAAUAAGGUAUUUUUCAAAAUAAAAGAUAUGUCAAACAUCAGACGUCCAUUGACUAUUCACUUUUUAGACUAGCUGUUCGCGACCCAUCCAGAAUGAGUUCGUGACCCACUUUCUGGUCAAGGAUGACAUAUUUUUAGACCCAAAAUUUGCAAAAAUUAAUGACUGAGGUGCAAAAAACUCCAGAAUGCUCCUUUAUUAUUCCUGAAAACAGAACUCAAUGACGGUGGAAAGACCUUGAAAGUUUCUGUGAGUCUCAUUAAAAGACAUUUUGUUGCUCUGAAACCUCGUUAGUGAGCGCUGAGAUGAGAAUAUAAUGAUAAUAAAUGAGAGGAUUAAACUGCAGCGAGGCUCAUGACGGCGUCGUAGAUCAAGUGAGAUGGUUUCUGACUGCGUCCGUCCCCCCGGCGUCUUCCUCUGUUAACCUCGGGUGUGAGGACAGACGGGGUUUCUAUCCGUCAGGACGUUCGGUAAACAGACCCGGCGUGCGAACGUUCGCUCACAGAAGCACGACCUGCACAUCCUGGCUCUCCUUUUAAGGCAGCUCGCCUGCCGCUGCUGCAGCUGUCGAACCUUCAGAGCAUGUCUCAGAGCGAGCCAAGUCACCCCCCGGUGAUCUCUGCUGAUGAGGGCGGCUGGGAGUGCUCCUCUGAGGGGAUGUGGGUCUUUGAGCUCUGAAGUGAACUCUCUAAAGAGGACGCUGAUGUGAAGUUACAGCUUCUUUAAAUUCACUUCCUAAGAAGGUUUUUAGAGGAGAAACCGUAACGCUGCUGCUCGAACCGUCACAGAGACUCAUGGAUUUAUUCUCAUCUGAUCGACUUUACCUCCAAAACUCUUAAACUGCUAAAUUAAACCGACUUUAACCCUUUAAUGCCUGAAACCACAAAUUAUGGCUGGAAAAUUCACAUUUAUUUUGGAGCUGAAAUGUUUAUUUUAUUUACUACUGAAACCCCCAAAAAUUAAAAUGUCCCUAAAAUUGAACAAAUAUGAUUAUUCAUCUCAUUUGAUACAUUAGAUGUUCUUAAGAACUGAUAAACUACAAAAGGACAUUUUUAUUAUUUAUCAGACUGUAUUCAGGUGUUUUUUUAGUGAUUUGUCGAUAAUAUUGAUUUGAUAAAGGUUUAUAAAAGUAUGUAAUACAAAAGGCAUGAAAGGGUUAACUGCAGAGAUAUACAAGAUUGGUAUGUUUGAGUGUUUUCAGAAACUGUUUUGUAAUUUUAAAGAAAUUGACAUUUUUAACGGGAUUUAGAAAUGCGAUUAAUCACGAUGCAGAUAAUCAAAUUCAAAGUUUGAUUUUAAAAUCAUUCCCACUUAUAACCUGAGAUAUUUUUGUUAAAAUCUGACGGUAUAAAACAUGUUAUAAUCUCUGCAGGAUAAACGUUUGAAAAUAUGAUCCGGGUUGUUGGUUUACUCCGGUUUGAUCCUUUUAUUGGGAAUUUUAAGGUUUUAAAUAGUUUGCUAUGAUCCAACAAACACCAAACAUAUUUACACAAGAGUCUGACAGACUUCGUACAUGCUGCUUGAGUUUCUUUAUCUAAGAGCAACAACAAAAAAACAAGAAACAAAAACACUCAUAUGUAUUAACAAAAUAAUACAUAUGCACACUAAACAACUUUACAUGUCGAAGAUAAAUUUACACAAACAGUUUGAGAAGGAACAGAUUGAAGCAAAGAGCUCAUCUCGUCCUGCCUCUUCCUUGCAAAUUACAGAUAAAAAAAAUAAAAUCUAACUGUAUUUAUUGUUUCUCUCUGCUCAUCUUUACUCUUGUUUUCAUUCAGCCUUCCUGUUUCCUCUUCUUGUCACGGAAACUCUUCUUUUUCUAACUCGUCUCCGGCUCACUGCUGAAAACUGACUCGGCGUGUCCAGGUGUAAUAAAUGAGCGUUGUUAUUUCUUCCCCUCUGGACCAUUUUUUCCCCCUCACAGCGGCCGAACUCUGCCGCUGUAUGUGGGUUUAGAGGCCAGAAUAACUCUCUGUUCUCUGCUGCUCUAUAAAAAGACGGCAGAACAAACAGAAAGGUGCACCUGAUGACGGGUACAAUACGACACGUCCUUUAGAGGCUGUCGCUGUCUCCCUCCAGAGUCCCUCCUGCUGGAAUAGAUUAAUAAUCCAGACACAACAUGACAACCUAAAACAGUGUUACAUACACAUACAUGCAGAAAUUAAAGCCUCAAGCAGUAAUUAGCACCAGGAGGAGAUGAGCGGCGGUGAUGCAGCAGCUGCAACACUGCGCUCUUAUGAAUAAGAGUGUCAUUAAUCUUUGUGUCAUUAGACUUUCAGCGCGCAUCCUCACUAUAGAACCUGUAUAAUGUGAGGUAAUACCGCCUGUGUCCAAUAGGGGGCAGUUCUGCUAUUAAUAAAUGUAUAUAUGGAUCAGUUUUGUCAGGGAGCGUCAUCAAACCUGAGGAAUUUGGAUUAGAUUAAACACUGUUCCAAUCAAUGGAUGUCCAUAGGGUGGCGCUAUGAUUGGUAGACAAGCAUAAAUGUUCAAAAACUGGUUUGAUAGUUUGAUGGAGACGCCAAACAUCUACUUUUAAAGAUCAAAUUUAGCGCCGUUUUGGUGUUAUUUCUCUCUGAGUCUCACUCUGUUUCUCCCCUCGCCUUCGUCUUGCAGGCUGAGACGGCGGCCAACAGGAUCUGCAAGGUGCUGGCCGUCAACCAAGAGAACGAGCAGCUGAUGGAGGACUAUGAGAAGCUGGCCAGCGAUGUGAGCACACCCCGACUCUCCUGCACUGAUCCUGCUCCUCCUCUGCUCCCUCUGUCUCCCUGACCUCCUUUAUUACCUGCUCCCUUCACCUCCUGCCCCCUCGGGGUGUCAGUGCUCUGCAGGGCAGGUGCAGGGCUAAGACCACGGACAGAAUGGAGUCAGGGUUUAAUCAGUUUUUGCCUGUUUUAGAUCAUUAAAAAUUACUAUAAUUAUAAAUUUAAUCACUUUUAAAACACUCUCAGAUUCAUUUAAGAUAUUUGUACCAUUUAGGAGGCUUUUACUUUCAGGUUUAUGCUGAUAGAAUUAAAAUAAACACCCACAAAGAGACAGGAAACGUUGGGGAGAGAGGGGAUGACAUGAGGCAAAUGGUCGCGGCCUUAAAAACGUAAAACGCUGCAGGGUCUAAAGUUCCCGUACCGAGGGCGUGCUCAUCAGUUAGGCUACCUGCACCCAUAAAGAUAUUUUUAAAGACAACUGAAACUUUUUGCAGAAAACUUUUAAAGCUCCUGUGAGGAGUUUUUAGUGUGUGAAAAAGACUUAAGUUUAAAGUGACGCCUUUUAAUGAAGUUUGGGAUUUCAGUUGUUGAUUUGAGUUCAUGAUUUCUUUUCCUUAAAUAUUUUUGAAAGUUUUGUAAAAGUUAUAACAUUUUUCCAGAACUAAUUUAUUUGUAAAGGUGCUCUAAACAUGGAGAGGCCCAUUGUUAAAAUAUAGAAAUACUCUUUUGUGAUGCGUUUAUGGGCCUUUUAAAAGUUCUGACAUUCUGAUUUUAACCAGCUCUUGAACGCACCAGUGAGUUUUUUAUGCAUUUAAACUUUUUAAAAGAAAAAUAUUAUUUUUUUACUCAUGGUAAAGUUUGAGAUUCAGCCCUGAAGCUUUAUCGUAGUCUGCUGUUUUUGUCCCAUAAGUUAGAAAUAAUAAACAUGACUUACUGUUGAGUAAACUUGGAAAAGGAGACAGAGUUAAAUAGUUUAUUUUAAAAGGAUUCAUGAAAAUGUGUAUGAGAUGACUUUUUAAAAUGAGGGACAUAAAGAUAGUCACAUAAACACGAGAAAAACUAAAUAUAAAUAUUUUUAUCUUCCCCAAAAUGUAAAGGUCGCUGUUACUGAUCAGCUCUAAAUGAGAUAAAACAGGCAAAAACAAAAGUGAAUUCUUCUAAAUCAGAGAUAAAAACGUUCUCAGAGAAACUUUUUAGUUUUGUUUAAACGGCGAAUUAACCGAAGAUCUUUAUCUGUUUUUGUCCUCAAACACAUUCAUCACAUCAACUCCUCCUUUAUCCCUCCAUCAUCUUCUCCUCUGCAUGACUCUCCUUCACCUCUCCUGUCAAUCUCUCCUCCGUUGUCCUCCUCCUCCUCCUCAUCCUCACCCCUCCACACACACACACACACACUCGCCCACACACCACCAACACCUCAGCUGUUGGAGUGGAUCCGUCGCACCAUCCCCUGGCUGGAGAACCGCCUCCCCGAGAACACCAUGCAGGCCAUGCAGCAGAAGCUGGAGGACUUCAGAGACUACCGCCGCCUCCACAAGCCGCCCAAAGUCCAGGAGAAGUGCCAGCUGGAGAUCAACUUCAACACGCUGCAGACCAAACUCCGGCUCAGCAACCGGCCCGCCUUCAUGCCCUCCGAGGGGAAGAUGGUCUCGGUAGGUCGAGCACCAACUCACUGAAAGUUCUCCAAAAGUUCUCGCUAAAAUUUCUCUUCUUCAUGCCAGAGGGUUUCUGAUAACUUAGUCGUUUCUGUCAAACUUUUUAAAAAUAUUAAACCUCCUUCAGGCAGCAGAGGGUCAUCUGUAAAAACACUUUAAAAAAGUACGUCUCAUUUGAAUUCGCAGUUUCCUCAGCUGGUCUGUUUCUCGGCUCUUGCAGGACAUUAAUAACGCGUGGGGGAGCCUAGAGGGAGCAGAGAAAGGCUACGAAGAGUGGCUCCUCAACGAGAUCCGCAGGCUGGAAAGACUCGAUCACCUGGCAGAGAAGUUCCGCCAGAAAGCAGCGAUCCAUGAAGCGUGGACUGAAGGUACUUCAUCCUCACCGACCAGAUUCAAAGAUCUCUUGGUACAAAAUAAAUAAAGCUGUAAACUUUGUGAGCGAGUCAAUAAUUCAGUUGGUGAAUCUAAAUUUUUAUAUUUAAACCCUCUUCUUAAGACGUUUUCUGUCUCCCUCUGCAGGUAAGGAGGACAUGCUGCAGAAGCGCGACUACGAGACGGCCUCUCUGUCGGAGAUUAAGGCUCUGCUGAAGAAACACGAGGCCUUCGAGAGUGACCUGGCUGCACAUCAGGACCGCGUGGAGCAGAUCGCCGCCAUCGCACAGGAGUUAAAGUAAGAGAGCAGAAACACGAGGAGCCGGGGCUGAUGGGAGAAGGAUAAAGGAAGGUUAUCUCUAAGUGCUGUUGGAAAGAAAUGAAAUAGAUAUAAAACAUAUAAGAGAUAAAAGCAAUGUGAUAAAAGUGAAAGGAAGCAAGUGAAGCAGCAGAAUAAAAGUAAGCGAUACAAAAGUAAAGAGAGAAUAAAAGAGACGAAAGAACUAAGAUGACAUACAAGUGACUAUAAGAGACAAAAAUGAAAGUAAAAGAACAAGAAAAAAGAAAAAAAGCUGAGCUAUUCAAGCAUCAGAAAGAGGUCAAAGUAAUCGAGAUAAAAAUGAAAGGGAAUCAAAUGAUUAAAAUGGAAUUAUAAGAGGAGGAAAAUGGAAAAUACUGCGAUAAAAGUGAUUGAUAAAGAAAAGAAAAACUGCACUAAAAUGGGAUAAAUGAUAAAGAAAAUCAAAAAGAAAGAAAGAAGAGAUUAUGGCAUGGAAAUAAUAAAAAAGUCAAAAGGAGAUUAAAGAGAUUUAAACAUUGGAAUGAGUGAAAAGAAACAAGAUCAAAGAAAAGAAUGUGAUAAAAGUGUUAAAGAAUGGAAACGUCAAAACAAGAUGAAAGUUUUAAAAAAGGAAACAUUAGAAUGAGAUAAAAGUGUUACAAAAAGAUCAGAAAAUAGAAUGAGAAAAAGGUGAUAAAGAAUGAAAAUGUCAGAAUGAGAUAAAAAUGUAACAAAAAGAUUAAAAAGAUAGAAUAAUAUAAAAGUGACAAAGAGUGAAAACAUUGGAAUGAGAUGAAAUUGUUAAAGAAUGAAAAUGUUAGAAUGAAAUAAAAGUGUUACAAAAAGAUCAAUGAAUAGAAUGAGAUAAAAGAAUGAAAAUGUUAAAAUGUGUUAAAAGUGUUACAAAAAGAUCAAUGAAUAGAUUGAGAAAAAGGUGAUAAAGAGUGAAAACGUCAGAAUGAGAUGAAAGUGUUACAGAGAGAUCAAAGCUUAGAGUGACUCCUUUGUUCUUGUUCCGUUCGUGCUUCAGUGAGCUGGACUACUACGACUCCCCGAGUGUGAACGCUCGCUGCCAGCGGAUCUGUGACCAGUGGGACUCUCUGGGAGCUCUGACCCAGAAACGCAGCGAAGCUCUGCAGGUGAGACGGCCUGAAAAACAGGAACUCUGAGACAGAGUUAACAUGAAUUUAUCAAGUGUUCAAUUUAUAAGUCAGUUUCUUUCCUCUGUGGUUGCUGCUAUCAGUCAAAAACAACUUCUGCUGUACAGUUUUAAGGUUUUUUGUACUUACUAAUUACUUUGAUAAUUCAUGAUGUAAAACCUCCAUGAAGUCUUUCACUUGAAAAUGUAUAUAUAUAUAUAUAAGUACUCUUGAAAUAUUUCAUUAAGUAGAAAUAAGCCCCUGAGGUUUUUAAAAGAACUGUGAUUAAAAUGGCGAAAUGCCACCCUCUAGUGGAAAAUAGUUGAACUACACAUUUGACGUUUUGCUUGCAGAUUGAACGAAUAUGAGGCUGUUUUUUGGCCGACUCGAAUGAUCAUUUUAUCAGUCAGUCUGGUCCAGAUACUGACUUCUAGAUAUGAACAAACUCACAUUCCUGGAGCUCUAGAUAACAAAGUUCAUAUUUAUCCACAGGGGGCGCCAAAUCCACUCAAACCAAUAGUUCCACAGAGGAUUAUAAAUUGUUUAAUUAAAGUUUGAUGUCGUGUUUCUGCUCCACAGAGAACUGAGAAGCUUCUGGAAACCAUCGACCAGCUGUACCUUGAGUUUGCCAAAAGAGCGGCUCCGUUCAACAACUGGAUGGAGGGCGCCAUGGAGGACCUGCAGGACACCUUCAUCGUCCACACUAUCGAGGAAAUCCAGGUGAGGGGGGACUUUGUUGUCUUCAGUCUUCUGGUCCAAAAGAAGAAUUUCUAACGAUGAAUUUGUUUCCGUUCACGAUGUUUGUCUUCAGGGAUUAAGCACAGCACACGAGCAGUUCAAAGCCACGCUUCCUGAGGCCGACAAAGAGCGCCAGGCCAUCCUCGGCAUCCACAACGAGAUCGCCAAGAUCGUGCAGACUUAUCAUGUUAACAUGGCGGGCACCAACCCGUACACCACCAUCAACCCGCAGGAGAUCAACAACAAAUGGGACAAGGUGAGGCAGGAUCGGCGUCUUCAUACCUGCACACCUCAGAGGUUAUUUUUCUGGAGGUUUCCCGUCGUUAACACAUCUGUUUGUCCCCGCCCCCUCUCCGUCCGGCUGCAGGUCAGGCAGCUGGUGCCGCAGCGUGACCAGGCCCUGAUCGAGGAGCACGCCCGGCAGCAGAACAACGAGCGUCUGCGCAGACAGUUUGCCAACCAGGCCAACGUCAUCGGACCCUGGAUCCAGACCAAGAUGGAGGUCAGUGUGCGCGGAGAGCCGGCGGCCAAACGACCACGUUACAAGUUCAGAAUGAGGCCGGCGUGUAAUUCAGUUUGUGUGUUUGUGGUUUUGAGUUCAUUCCUGUCGAGUUAGGUCAUGUGCUUUAUAAAAAGAGGCUGUUAAACUCUCUGACCCCGGAGUUUGGAGACCUUAAAGGGAAAUUCCGCCAAAUUUGGACUUGUACUCUCUCCCUUCUUCUCCUAUUACAAACAGAAUAACAGGUUUUUGCAGACAUGGUCAUUAAAGGCGUGUUUUGAUCUGUGUGUGUGUGUGUGUGAAGGAGAUCGGCCGUAUCUCCAUCGAGAUGCACGGCACGUUGGAGGAUCAGCUGACGCACCUUCGCCAGUACGAGAAAAGCAUCGUCAACUACAAGCCAAAGAUCGACCAGCUGGAGGGAGACCACCAGCUCAUUCAGGAAGCUCUCAUCUUUGACAACAAGCACACCAACUACACCAUGGAGGUAAAACCGACAACAACAAAAAAAACACGACAAAAAAACAACAAAACCGACUCCUGGUUUCAUCGCCUCUCUGCUUCCUCUCUUUCAGCACAUCCGUGUGGGCUGGGAGCAGCUACUCACCACCAUCGCCCGCACCAUCAACGAGAUCGAGAACCAGAUCUUGACGCGAGACGCCAAAGGCAUCAGCCAGGAGCAGCUCAAUGAGUUCAGAGCUUCCUUCAACCACUUCGACAGGGUCAGUACUCGAAAUGAGUCUCAGUGCAGGCGGUCAGCAGCAGGCGAGGAGAGAAACGCUGGAAACACCAACAGAUCGAGUUUUAGAAAGAUACAUACUUCAUACUUCAGCUCGUGGAGUCGCCCCCUGCUGGCGGAUAGGACAAAGUGCAUGUUUAGGAAACUUCUUUAAUAGCUGCAGAGAUAAACGCGAUCGUCUCUCUCAGGUGGAAUCGCAGGUUUUCUGUCUGAAUAUUUAGACUGAAGCAGCGAAAGUUCAUCAGUUCAGGUGAGAAGGAAUCAUGUCGGGGUUUGAGGUGUGUGUCCUGCUGCCCUGAGGUGUGUCUAACAGGUCAGCAGAGUGUGUCGCUCCGUUUGUGUGUGGACGCAUUAGACCGUGUGCUGACCUUUCUGCUCCAUUUCAGAGGAUUUUAUAUUUCAGUGACGCUCGAACUCAGCAGGAGGAAAUUCUGUCAGACUUAAACAGAAUCAGAGACGAGUUUUAGAUCAGGAUGGAGAAGGUUCACUCGUGUGGGGAUGUAGAAACAGAAAUCAGGAAUAACAGGUUAUUAGAAACUUUGAUAAGGUGACAGAAAUGAUAGAAAUAGUAAGAAUAGUAAGCUGACAGUUCUUAUAGUACCAUACAGAACAAUAGAUCAUAGUACAGGUUGACAUAUAUUACAUUAUGGUUCAAUAUGUAACAGUAGGGCUCGGCGAUAAACCGAAAAUUUACCGAUACCGAAAUUUACGACAAUAAUCGACGUCAUUUCCCUCAUAUCGGUAUAUUCGGUGUUAAAAAACUAAAUAAAUCAAAGUUAUUUUUGGAUGUGUGUAGGUAGGCUAUGGUCUCAUGUCCCUUUAAGACGCUGUCCUACAUCAGAGACGUGACUCCACCCCAUCCAGUCCGUAACAAAGAGGGAAAGACAGGUGAGGAGAUGGAGGACGGAGAGAAAGUUAAUGUGGGAGGGGGGUGGAGUAGUUAUCGUCCAUUUAUCGUUAUCAAGGUGAACUGAUCAAUAUAUCGUGAUAUUGAUUUGAGGACAUGUCGUCCAGCCCUAUCAUAGUUAUAUGAAGCAGGUCAGUGAUGUUUCAGGAUGAAUGAAAGAUGAGAUUUUAGCAGAUAAACCUGAAUAAAGAGGUGAAGUCGUUGUUCAGAGAAGGUCAAGUAUAAAUAGAAAUGUGUUCACACCAUAGGUACCGACUCCAUCUGUGUCCAUUGAAGGCUGUUUCUAUAAAACCUGCUCCGUCCCCCCCCCCCCCCCUCUGUUUACACUGAGCCUCGACGUGUCAGGAACAGCACCAAUUAUGGAGGAGUUUUUAUUUAGCUCCUUCUCCUCACCCCCUCCCUCCCUCCUCUCCCUCACCCCAGCUCUCCCGCUGACUCCUCCAUUAGCUCAUGCGUUUUUUCCAGCGCUGCUCUAUCGUUAAUCAAUACCUCAGGUAAAUGAUCAGAGCUCACAGGGAGCCCGCCCUGGACCCGGACUUUGGCUUUUCUGUCAUGUUUCAUUAGGACCCCGGCUCUCAGAGAGGUGUAUCGAUCCGUCUGCAGAAAAAAAGAGUAAUUUCUUAAUCUGAUGAAAGUUUGGAUGGAUAAAAGUUUGACUUUAGAGCUUUAGUUUACAGUCAGAGUUUAACCCUCAGAACUCCCAGAUAUAUUUUACUACUUUUGUUCCGCCUAGGUGCAAAAAUUUUAAAAAAUAAAUGUGACAGUAGAUUCAGAACCAUCAGAGUCAACCAAGAAACAAAAACGGAUAUUAAUCCAAACAGAACUUUGCUCCAAAAACACAUAAAUCUACAGUGACCUACAGCCUUUUCUCACCUGAACAUCAUUCUCUCAAGUCUUGACUAUCAGGAGAAGAAAUAUUAGGAUUGGAACAAACACACAACAGAAACUAUUGACAUAUUUACACUUAUUUUUCAGGUGUUUUUUUACUCUUUACAGUUGUUUCUGCCACUCCUGGGAUGAGACAGAGGACCACAUCAGACUGCUCAGAAUCUCUUCUUUACUUGUUUCCAAACAUCAAGGAACUUUAUUUCUUAUUUUGCAGAUAAGCAGGGAACUUUCUCGUCUCUUAUUGGACACUACCGUCAAAGAAACGAUAGAAAAAGAAUAUGAGACCGUGUAAUUGGUCAAAAGUUUGAUGAUAGAAGACAUCAUCAAAACAACUUGUCAAACUCGGAAGACAUUAUCGGCAUUUAGUGAUAGUGAUCUGAUAAAUAAUCCUGUUUUCACUGAUAUAUCGCCAUCAAACGUCUCUGAUCAAACACCUGUUUUUGUGGCUGGAUUGUAAACCUUGUGGCAGGUGUAGAACCGACUGAAAACCCUCGAUAGAUCACCAACUUUUGAACACUUUUAAUCCCGUAGAGAUACGCGGUAUAGUUCCUGAGAAACUGUAAAGAAUAUUAUCGGUCUCACGUGGGAGUUCUGAGUGUUAAACAGUGAAAUCCACAGGGACAGACGUUCAUGUGACUCUCUUCUCGUUUCUCUCGUGACGUGCCGAGGUGUUUGUGAUGAAGUGUGUUUUUUUGAACUGAUGCUGCACACAGAGAGGUAAAGGUGUGUUGACCUGAGAGGAUCAUGUUUUGUGAAUAACCUGAGCACUCGGCCCUGCAGUCUGGCUGCACACCGCACAUUAACGCCUGAGAAUGCCCUCACCCAGCCAGCAGAGUGUUCACCUCCACAUCCUAAUGCUCUGUGUUCUCUCCUCUCUGUCUCCUGCAUGACCCUCCCUCACUUCCUCCCUCCUUCCCUCCCUCCCUUCACCCCUCCACACCUCCCCCUGUGCAUGGUGCACUCCUCCACCCUCCACCUCCUCUCCCCUCCACCUCCACCUCCUCCUUCACCGUCACUGACACGGCUGUAUGUGUUGCUGCAUGGCCUGUGGCCCCCCCGAUGCCUCGCCUGGCACUGGCCUCCCACCCCCCCAGGACCACUCGGGCACUCUGGGCGCCGAGGAGUUCAAGGCCUGCCUGAUCAGCCUGGGCUUCGAUAUCGCCAACGACGCACAGGUACUUUAUCGUAGCCCCGCCCCCUCUGUGAGAGGUUUAACCUUUCUUUUUGUUUUCUUUUGUACUUUUCCCCCCUUUCUUGUUUUUCCACCCUUCCCCUCUCCCUCCCUCUUUUAAUUCUUACCUCGAACCUUGAACCUUCCCUAUAAUUUCCCAACACUUUGCAACGUCCACCUCGUGGAUUUUUGCGGCUGUCUUCCUAAACUCUCCUCUUUGUUCAUCCUAAACUCUUCCGACGAUUCCUCCCUCCUCUUAUCCCCUGCUGCUCCACCUCCUUCCUCUCCUCCUGGUUUCGUUUGUCCGUCGCUGACCUUGUAGAAGAGAUCAGGAAUCAUGGAUGCUGAAGACUUCAAAACCUGCCUUAUCUCCAUUGGUUACAACCUGGUAAAACCACGAGCACGCCUCUUUUAUGAACGUUUGUUUGUGUGUGAUUAAAAAAGACGAGCUGGAACUGGUAAUGGACAAAAGUCACUUUUAUUUUUACUCCACUUUGUUUGCAUGUCGAAGAUCUUUGAUUUAGAAAGGUAGAUGAAAUUUAUGAUGAAGAAAAUGUAACUCUGAAGAAGUUUGAGGAAACAGAAUUGGAUGGUUUGAUGGUUUAUGAUUUCCAAUUCCUCGUUGAAAGGACAACUGGACUUACUUGAGACGUUUCACCUUAGGCAAACCAUCAAAUUCUGUUUCAUCAACAUUUUAAACAGCAUCCCAUCAUCUUUGAAAGUGGAGUUGUUUUCUUAACUUACUUUAAAAUUCACUUUUUUGAGUUAAAGUGUCUGUAAAUCCAGAAAGUCUGAGCGCAGAGCUUCACGGCUCCUCUCUGUUCCUCUCAGGGUGAGAACGAGUUCUCGCGCAUCAUGAGCAUCGUGGAUCCGAACCGGAUGGGCAUCGUCACUUUCCAGGCUUUCAUCGACUUCAUGUCCCGCGAGACGGCCGACACGGACACCGCCGACCAAGUCAUGGCCUCCUUCAAAGUGCUGGCAGGAGAUAAGGUACGGAGACGCGUGCUUUAGUUUCUCAGCGUCAGAAAGAAGAUGGUGGCAGAGCGACACAUUUGGGGUUAUCUAAGGUUAAUGAAGGUUGUCUAAGGUUACUAAGCUUGUUAAAAAAACACAUUUCCUUUUGUUCUUUUGGGCUGAAAUAAAGAAUCAUGAAGGAUAAUUGAUUUUAUGAUCGAUCAUCACGCCUCCUCUGAAAGAUGACUCAAACAAACUCAGGGUGAGGACUGCAUCUGCACCUUUCAGCUCCUGAGAGGCUGAUUAUUAAGCUCCAUUGUGGCUGGACUUUGGUUAUCUUGCGCCCCCUUGUGGACAUUGAUGGUAUACAGAUGAUUUCAUAAAGAUUAUUCUCCAACUUCGGACCACGGUUCAUUAGAUUGUGCUCUAGUUCUCACCACCUUCUGCUAACUCUUGAUAGAACCGUUACCUGCUCGUCUGACCUGAUUUCAUGUCCUUCUGUUUUUUGGUAGAACUACAUUUUGGCCGAGGAGCUUCGUCGGGAGCUUCCUCCAGACCAGGCCGAGUACUGCAUAGCCCGAAUGGCCCCCUACACCGGCCCGGACGGCGUAGCCGGAGCCCUCGACUACAUGUCAUUCUCCACUGCUCUGUACGGGGAGAGCGACCUCUGAACUCUCUGUCAGUCGUCCUGACCCGGGACCACCAGCCUACCUGCUCUGAUCACCGCCACGUCCUUCGACCGCCCCGCCACCACACUCCUGUCCGACUGCGCGCAUUUUUUGUAUGUCUCUGGCCUUAUCUUUUUGUCAAUAUCCUCCCCUUCCUCCUCCUCCUCCUCCUCCUCGCCCUUCCUCCUCCCCCUCCUCUCCAGCCUCCUCCUGCUCCCUCACACUCUGUCUUCGUUGUAUUUGCUUCCCACGCAAUGCAGCAGCUCUCCAGGUUUACAAAGAGGGAGAGAGAAAAUGUUUGUUUCUGUUUUUAUUUUCUUGUUGUCAUUGUUUUUCUUCAUAAAAUGAAUAAAGUUAACAUAUUUUAUUAUACUGAACAAAAAAAGGUAUUUUUCUUCACCUGAUUGAAAAUAAGAGACGAAAAUUGUAAUAAAGAAAAAUUGCUAUACUUUC